AUGGCCACAUCAAGUCCGGUAGGCGAGAUUUUGUAGACAACUUUUGUUACCUAUCGGAAUGGUCAAGUCUUUGUAAGCUUGUUGGUGGGCCUUCCUCCGGCGGUGGCCAGUAUUGCCGUUCACAACCGCCAGAACAGCGGCCCCUUUUCCAACUGUUGGAACACUGGACUUAAAGCUCUACCACCAAGGAAUUCACCUUCGAAGCCCAGGUUAUCCAGACCCCAGCAUACAUAUGACCUACUGACAUCGAUCUAUAAGUCAGUAGUUACCAUCCUAGUCUCCUUUGCAUUUUUGGCACCGCUACAUGCAUAUAUAUAUAUGGGCAGAACAGGAUAAUCGACAAAGACAAGAGAAAUUGAAAUGACCAUUUCCGGCUGAUUGGCCGUCGCCAGCCAGCCAUACCUAACCACGAAGUGUGGGACACCUAAGGCUCGACCCCGAGACCUGUUGGUUAGAAGCCAGAAAUGUGCUUUUCAGUCUGCCUUGUUUUUGUCGGCGAUAUUGUAUAUAUAUAUAUAUAUAUAUAUAUCAGGAAUGGGCGCACACCGAUCUAUUGGCUUCACAAAGCAAACAAGCUCCGUAUGUGUGGCAAAGGUCACGAACAGGCAACCAAUUACCAGGCCGAAGUCGGCCAAGUCAUAAUAGCAGCGAGGAGGGACGACAGAGAAUGCGGGUAGAUUGAUACAGCACUGUUUCGGGCUUAUUCUGCCUUCAUUCAGCCAAUCAUAACCCUGACCACCAGCAGUUGGAACCAGAAACACAAACAUGCGCACAGACGCACCUGGCGCAGUCGGUCCACCACUGGGGUCUACCAGAUGGGUCAUAAGCACUAGUAGUAGACAUAGAUGAGAUGGUACCGACAAAGAAAAGGGAGACCGGAAUGGCCAUUUCUGGCUUAUUAGGCUGUGCGACUGCCUGCGAGGGUUCUAGUAUGAGCCCCAAGGCACAACGGAACGAGCAUGUUCCGUAACCUGAUCGGUGAGCGCCCACUAUCAUAAUUAAUAGUCACGAUCACAACCGACAGGACAACGGGCCCGUGGCUCAAUGGUAGAGCGUUUAACUCCAUGGCCAAAAUCCCGGGUUCGAAUCUCAAGUGAUCCACACUUGGGGUUGGGUAUGACUGGCUGAUGACGGCUAAUAAGCCAGAAAUGGCCAUUCCGGUCUCCCUUGUCUUUGUCGGUACCAUCUCAUCUAUGUCUACUACAAGUCGCUGUGCGACUGCCUGCGAGGGUUCUAGUAUGAGUCCCAAGGCACAACGGAACGUAUAUGGAUUUUUACUAGUCGCUAUGCUUCCCUCUGCGAGUGCCCAUGGUUGAACUCUAAAGGGCAACGGAUAGAGUAUGACCAGUAAGAUGAUUGUGAACGUCACAUGCAUGGGAGCACGCUGAUCCAGUGCCUUCCGUUAGUAAGGUGGCUCCGAAUGAGUUGUUCACAACCUACCUGGCGGACCCCGUCUGUUGGCUAACCGCACAUCUUCGUUUUUAUUUUUAGAUUAAUUAAGGUAAAAUAAUCUCGAAACACUGCAGCAUCCAUCCGCCCUCAUUCCUCUUUUUACAUCUCCUCUGAUACAGUGUGUUGACCCAGGAGGCUCUUCGACCUGAAUCCGUCUAACCAUGGUUUUUCGCCCUUGCACUAGGUUCCAAAGUAAGGCGAGACCUAAAAAAGCAAGUGGGUUUCAAAGGUCAAAACAGACCGCCAAAUCUUCAGGUGGCACCAUGGUGUCACCAUGUGGACUUUCAUCGUCGUCGGCCGCGAUCUUUGGUCCAGAUGGCCUGGUCUUUGUUCACUGAGGCCAGUACGAUGCUGUUUCGUAACAUCCCGACCGUUUUUGCCAGAAAAAAACUUGUCAGAUGAGCGCAACCUUCCCAGACCAUUUUAUUUGUGCGCGUUAUUGGAGUCUUUGCCGAUGCUUCGGCCCAGUAUCUGCCGACGCCUGACGAUUUUUCCGCUAUAGAGGCCUGCGUGUUCCAUUUUACGGCCGGUUUCCUUGUCGAUCGUUUCUUUGUACAUAGAGAAUAUGGUGGAUGCGGAAGUGUGAUCCAGCAAAGUAUUUUGUCUUUACGCGUCCACUUCAACGCACAUUCGCCAGGAAUAGCUCAGUUAUCCGUAGAAAGUCCCCGAGGAGUUACUAUCCCUACUCUUCUUUGGACGAUGUUUAGCUUUGGACGUUAGUUGAAUUGCUUGUCAGAUAACCAAUCACAGCCGCCCACGUCUGUGAACCACGAAAAGAACUCGCUGGUUCUUGAAAAGAAACGCCGUUGCCUCCGCCAUAAGCCUCCAUAUUUUAGCUGAUUUUCUAACAAAGCUCAUAGUAUGCAAACUCCAAAUGUUCACGAUUUGCUUAAUUUGCUCUAAUGUUUGUUCAUAGUAAUACGAGAGCAACAGAGUCUGUCGGUUUGGGGUCUUUCGCCAAGCUACUUUACAACGUCCAUUCUCGUUCAUCAGAGUCCCCUGGGAUUGGUUAAGUGUUCGACCUUAAAUUCAUCGCCCUUCAGGUGAUUUAGUAAAUACAUGUUCCCAGAAGACCAAGAGUACAUCCUUGAUAGUCCUACAUACUUCGUUUGCUGACUUAUAUGCCCUGUAAGCGAGGUGAUCCUUCUAAGUCUGAAAAAAAGGGGCCUCUCUACUACGCAUCUUUUCUAUUUCCUCAUUGUCAUCUGCGCUCUUUCUGGAUCGUAUUUUAAAUAGCACUUGUAAAGCCUCUAAAUGUCCUUUGCAGUCACAUUUAGAUCUACGGCACUGGUCGUUGAUUGGCUGAUGAUACCCUUUAUCCGUCACUUGCUCCUUUGAUGUUGCUGCUGUCGUCACCACAGACGAGUCCAAAAGCUCAGUAAAACAAAUGAAUGGCUUUGCUGCCCGAUUAGCGUCUUUUUUCCCUAUUCAUACAUCCACCUGCAAGUCGAACAUCCGCCUCCGGUCGUGAAUUAAAAAACUCGGAGAGUUUGAGGAAAUUUUGUUGGAAAAAAACUUUCGGCCUUUAUUGCCCAUCAUAAGCCUUGACCAUUAACGGCGCUUUGAGCAGCUGGAACUAAGUCGUCGAGCACAUUCAAAGUCGGUGCCAGUUGCUGCUCCUUCGAUGGUUCAGAUGGUCCUGUGAUGCGGACUACAGCAUUCUAGAGUCCCCUCAAAACUGACGACUCGUAAGAUGCGCUGAACCAACACAGGAGCCAGAUCAGACUACGACAUGCGUUAACCAGGCUCCGCUAAGUCCGUGCAUCCCGUAAUAAUAUUGGGGCGUCUGGGCACGCCUAGGCGCAGGUACUUGCGCCCAAUCCUAGCACCAGCUCGAACAGUAAACUGGUCCAUGGGAGAGGGAGGAGGGGGUUCGGUCGACUAUGGGGAAUCUAUCCCAGCGACACUCAAGGACAUUCCUCACUAUACAAAAUCUGAUCAAGCUCUUCGAAACGUCAGCACCUAAAUAAACCCGUUCCGGUGAGCCCGUCAUUUUCUUCAAAUCAUUAACGCGUAUCCCUCAACGUUGUGAAUCUAAAUCUGACUAGCUGAUAAAAUAUCGCUGUGUGCCAGAAGCCGUGGCGAUCCAUUGCGGGCCAACUCGGUCAUCCUCUCAGGACGAAUAGUCAAGUCGCACUGGCCUCUCCUUAAUGUAACCUCUACUUCACUUCCAAUCUGAUGGGAUCCAAGCCGCCCAUUCUUCCCCUGAAAAUCUGGUUCAUCGUGCGCGGGUCAGAUCGAGUUUGGCGCUCGUAGAGGAACUGUUUUACCCUUUCAGUCAAUGCGCGGACUUCGCCUCCGGUCGUUCUAACUUGGUUUUGUCACUGUGCCCAGCGGGGAGAGGAAGGAGAGAGUGCAACAAAUGCUGCGCAGGUCGGCUACCCCUACAAACCAAUCCACGCGCAAGUUGUCGUCCUGCAUCUGGCAGUUCGUCCAUCGAUUCCUAUGAUGCCCACCGUAUGCUCCCCAAAGGAGGGUGAACGCAGAGACGGUAACUUGCGCGCGGUUUGGAUUAUAGUGACGGCAGACUUGCACUGUAUCUACCGUGCUCUCUCUUCCCUAGCCCUGGAUGGGCUAGGAGCUGCAGAGUCGUCUGCGACAGUGAUGUUGCUAGUGGUGGCCACGAUAGUGGAAGGGGAGUUGGUAGUGUGGGAUAUAGGAAAGUUGGCUGGUGUUCAAAGGGUGUCAAUAUUAUGGUGAAUUCAACUGUUAUGAAUACGCAAAGUGGCCGGCUUUAUGGUAAAGCCCCUUGCCUCCAGUAUCAGCUACGCCUAUCGUUUAUUCUCAUUUCAAGCUCCCCAUCACGUUAUUCGGGAGUGCUUCAUUGAUGCAUCCCUGUUAUAUCUGUGGUGUUGACUGUAAGCGCUCAUCAUUUUCGGCCCAGAUUAACGUUUGUGUUCUUACCAGAGUCGCCAGUAGGCAGUUCUACGGGGAUAUCCACAUUCACUCGUGUCUACUCACUGUCUGCGGCAAACUGCAUCGUAGAGUUUGCUGCAACCUCGAUUGUCAGAUGAGCAAUAAGCAGAACCGCGUGCGAUGCGAUCGGAGCGUAAGAAGAAAAGAAUGGCUCCGCUAAACCGAUGUGUCGAACUCAAUCUCGCAUAUGAGGCUCAGAGCAGGGCAAAAAUAUCCUGACAGUUGAUUGUUAAGAUUUGCAGAUCGACAAAAUGUCACAGAGAGUUGAGUUAGGGAGUAAUAGAGGAGUGUAAAUAUUCGGUCAUAUCUAGUGGGAAUGACAUUGACGGCACCUAUUUCGACCAGUAAAACAGGGGAAGGUGCGUAGAACGUGUGCUGCUAGGUCCGUGAUGAGGCAAACUUUUCGCCGUCAAGAACGCUUUCGGAGCCCUGAAAACAGAAUUCAGAAUUAAUUAUAUAUCGAUUUAAGGAAAAAGCCAGAAAGGAAUCAGAUUCCUAUUUCCUACUAAAAGUUAUAGAUUUAACAAUAAUGCAUAGGAUAGGGGAGGAGGGGGGGCACUCACCGAUAGGUUUUGUGGAACUCACUCGUCCCGUUGCCCCUUACCGCCUCUCUCUCGAGCCAAACCAGCAGCCGCACAAUGGCGCAUGAUGCAGGCAGAAUGUUAUUGCCGACAAAAACAAGGGAGACCGGAAUGGCCAUUUCUGGCUCAUUAGUCGUCCUCAGCCAGUCAUGCCCAACUCCAAGGUGUGGAACAACCGAGGCUCGAUCCAGCGGCCUGUUAAUUAAAAGUCCAACGCCCCUAACCACUGAGCCACGGGUUCGUUGUCCUGUCGGGUUCGAUCGGGAAUGUAUAAUGGUAGAGUGGGCCGCUGACCGACCGUUCUUAGGGCGGGCCACACUUCGGGGACGACGGUUAAUCAGUCGAAAAUGGCAAUUGCAGUCUCCCUUGUCUCUGUCGGUAAUGACAUUGUAAUAAUACAUAUACUGCUUUUAAAUAUGAUUUAAUUCUGCAAGUUCCGUUUAUCUUGAAUCUCGACGUGUUGGAACAAUUGAUCAUGCGAAGGACAAAUGUUUGUCUUCAUCGAAACAUAAUUUCUUUACCUGUCCUCCUUGGUUUCUGUUGUUUUAGGCGUGUUCAAGUUCUCCAGAGUCAUCAAGUGCUGAGAGCUGUUCGCAAUUUCAGCAGAAGUAUGUUGAUAUUUGUCGCCAGUGCGAUGAAUAUCGCGAUUUGGUGGAAGCUCAGGCAGAUACGAUUAGUCAACUUCGAUCGCAAAUAAUGGUAAGAUGGCAGUCCCUUGCUGGUGGAGUUUCUGUUGCGCUAGGUCCUGAAGUCGAAACACGCUUUACAUUGUUUUACUCUCUUUCGCAUGCAGGAUCUCCGGACAGAUGCUAAACGACUAGCUACGAGUACCACCACGCAGGUAAGGUUUUUUCAAAUGUAACGCAAGCAGAGAUCUCUCAUUUUCUACCUUUUCUUUUAUCGCACGCUCCCGGACGUUUGAAAAUUAAGGAGCAUUUGAUUUAUAUCUGCAGAUCGCAGUUCUCUGAAGAUCCUAUUUUUGUCUCCUGUCCCAGGACUUGAUAUAUGUGAUAACACUCCUUUGACAGUGAGGCGACGAUAUGCCCUGUGACCGAGAGUUCUUCUACUACUGCAAAAAAUCUCUUUUGAAAGCACGCGCGGGGGUCUUGCCUAUUUUGCCAAAGUUCCGCAACUAACGGGUUAACUCGCCCCCCCCCCCCCUCAGGGCGGAGAGUCAGGCUGCAGUGGCUCCUUCUUACUGCGACAUUUUUGGCACUCCUACUCACUUGGGACCCGAGCCGUCCGCCCCCUCCUUUUCUUGUUUUAAAGAAGCUUUGUCAGUUUGCGUUGUAGACCAGUGGGUGCGAUGGUACAGUAGGUGGGCUAACUCAUGAAACGUCGGCCGAAAUUUCGAAUUGCGUUCUCGUUUCGAAAAUAUUAGUUAAAUAUGGUUGUAGCUAUAAUCAUCGUGCAGCAUAAUUCUAUAAUGAGCCAGUUACCUCAGGGUGCCGGCUUUCGAAUGAACUUAUUUCCGACUGCAUGCCAGAUCUAUACUUUGCAAAAAAUGACUACUUAAGUAGCAUGCAAUUAUCCCACUGAUUUUCGAUGCCCUUGAAAAUUCAAUUAUAUUUCAUGGAAAAGGUGCAUAAAAAUAUUCAUUCUUUUACUUAUUCGGUAGAAAAUCACGUCUUCUUCCGAUUUUUAACUCGAAGGAGGGGUAUACUUCGGUUUCAAAAAAGUUUCCAAUUGUGGGAUUUUUUAAUACCGUGAAAUGGCCCUUUAUAAAACUUCAUGUCUCUGCAUUUACCAAGGUGGCUUGUAAAGUUAACAAUAUUGCCCAAACCCACUGCUUAAUUUUAUGAACCCUAUAUGAUCUUAUCUUAAUACCGUAGAGAAAUGUGUGGUUUUCCGUACACGGAAAAUAUACGGCUUGUAGUCUGGAAACCCUGAGUGCAAGUAUAACAGCAGGUCUAGUUCAGAAUUAAUCGGGAAUUAGAAAAGUUUUUUUAAACCGAAUUAUACUCGUACUUUGCGUAAAAAAUUGGAAGAGGACGUGAUUUUCUACCGAAUAAAUAAAAGAAUGAAUAUUUUUAUGCACCUUUUCCAUGAAAUGUAAUUGGAUUUUCAAGGGCAUCAAACAUCAAUGAGAAAAUUGCAUGCUACUUAAGUAGCCACUUUUUGCAGAGUAUAGUUUUUCCAUGCAGCCGCAAAGAAGUUCGUUCGAAAGCCAACACCCUGAGGUUACUGGAUCACUAUGUAGAACUCUGCUGCAUGAUGAUUAGUUUUACAACCAUACUUAAUUAAUCUUUUCGAAACGAGAACGCAUUUCGAAAUUUCGGUCGAUAUUUCAUGAGUUAGCUCAUUUACUCUACGUCUAGGUGCGGGUUUUUGCCGUGCCAGCAACCCGCGUGCUCUCCCACCUCCCGGUCUUUCCACUCUUUCACGACACCAGGCUCAAAUGGGGGAGGAGGGAGUGCGGUAGAUGCUGCUCAAGUCUGCCACAAUUUUAAACUAAUUCACGCGCAGGUCACCACCCCUGCACAUGCUGUAGAGCUCAUACGCUGGGCGUAGUCGGAAACGACGGUCGAACUGUCAUGCCCUUCGCGUAGACCGCUCUGUUGUCCAAAUUGGUAUUUUUUGUAAAACUGCCUGCCUCGAACAAUUUACGCUGUGCGUCCUUGUUUAGAUUUCUAUGAUCGUUUAGCUGCUCCUGGGCAUCUUCUUCUUCCUCGCACUACUACUGUUAUCAGUAGUAUUCCUCCUGUUGAAUUUAUUGCUCCCUUUUCUUAUUUUCUCCUUCGAUCACGGGUUCCUAGUGGUUGCCCUUUAUUCAAUACGCGUAAAUUAGUUCCUCAGUUUGGCUGGUAUAUUAAAAUUCACGUCUGCAAUUCUUUCUCGACCGAUUACAAAGAUCUUCGCAUGUAUCGGGGAAUUUGGUUCAUACUUAUCUAGUGCAAUAUAGAGUAAGAUGUGGUUAUGUAGCCCCGCCUGAUGGACACAAUACUGUUGGGGUUGAUGUUAGGAUUAGAGGUUAAGAAUACGGGUUAUGGUUGGGGGUUAGGGUUAGGGGUUAGGGCAACUAUUUCUCAACCACUCAAAGUUCAACCGCGCAUUCCCAAUAACUUUUCUUUUGCACACAACUACUUGACCUCGUUGACUGUGCGUUCUCCGGCCCCACCGUUAAUAAGCUCCACUACCACCGGUGCCGUAUUACAGGUGGCUGGAGUUUGUUUACUUCAGGUGGGGCUGCAUAACCACACCUGACUCAAUACAGCACGGGCUCCUUAACCGUAUUUUGUGGGGCACAAAAAACGAUGCUGAGAUAUGAGGUGUACAAUACAGCCCAAGGUCGCUGAAUUAGGACCGCCGUUCACAAAGCCAACAAAUUUUCCCUAUGGUCAGAUCAUGGCUAUAAGGCGGUGUCGGGUCGCAGAAAUCUAUUGCUUGUCAAUGCCCGAGUAGAGGCAAAAAAGACGCCACUGCAGCCUCAGGGCAGCUUCUGAUGACCACAGUGUUAUUUUUUUCUACACUAGUGCUGAUCACGUAUUUUAAAUAGGUAAUUGUUACAUUCAGAGCACAAGUCUUACGUAUGCAAAACCGUCAGCCGAUUUGAUAAUAUGCACUAGCACCAUUUCCCAAAGUAAACGCAGUCAGGGAGAAACUGCGUCGAGAAGCUACUAGUGACUGCCGUAAAGUACACUUGUGCUGAAACUCUGAACUGUUGACCUACGUCCCAAUUGCGUUUUAAGGCAACAAAUGUCAUUUAAGUAGUACGGCUGUACCAAAGAACAUGGGGCGUGACCGCAGGCCAAUUCAUACGUUACGGUCUGCGAGCUUUCACUAAGAACCUCCGAAAUCGCACUGGGUGUUCUCAUUCACAAUACAUUCUUUGAGAUCCUGCACAUGUUUCCGUCGAUUUUCUUAAUUAACAACCUGAGUAAUUUUUCUAUUUUACCCAGUUGUGAAAAAGGGAGGGUAUUAGGGGGGAGGGAACAAUAAACACUAUUUUUGGAUCCUUCAUCUCAUGCGACAGGUUGACUGUUGUUACCGGCGUGCACUUCACAGCAGAGUGAGUUAGGGACGAUGACUGGCGCGGGAACUACUUUCUGGUAAUAGUAGGCUUGCAUUCCAUCUACCGCAUUCUCCUCCCCCUCCCCCCCCCCCCACCCGCGUCCAGUGCCACGACCGAGUCUGAAAGACCAGAGACUAGAGAGGGCGAAAACUGCUGUCAUGGCAAAAGCCCGCACCUAGGCGUACCAACACACCCCCUCGCCCGCAACAGACACUGAACAGGAUAUGCAUAACAAGAAGAUAAAAGGAAGGCGGCGAUGUCAGUCCGCGACUGAGCUUGCCGCCGCAGCCUAAAUUUUGACAUUUGUUGUGGGUGUACAUUGCCAAUAACGCCUGCCGGACCCCUGUGUGGCUCAGAGCAUCCAGCGCGUGGUCCCUUUUUGGGGCAAAUCCCUCUCAAGCAUGGCGCAAUUCAUUCCUGAAAAUCCAAAUGACGGCCCACUCCUGGAAGAGAAUAUGCGCAUCCCAGGUUCUUGUUUAAACGAAGACGAAGGCACCAUCACUGGGACGGUAGACUUAGUGGCCUUAGCUUUAGAACUCGAACUGCAGUUCAUCAUCAGACACUGCUACAGCGCAGCAACGUGUGAACAUUUAUGUCGUUGUGCCGUGGGGGGAGGGGGCUACGUCCGUGGCUAGGUCUGGUUUGUGCUACCUGGUCCACGAUGGUCCCCCGGCGUGGUGAUGGCGUUUGUACUUCGCGGUGAUGUGAGCUGCGCCACCUGGCUGCGUGGGCGGAGGGCGUGAUAACGCGCAGGCAAAUCAAUGUGUCUAUUGAUAGAGUUGGUGUCCUACACCCACGCCUCCAACAUUUCUCGCCCCGUCUUGUUGCCGGCUCGCGCCAAUAUCCGCGUGUUGGCGAAGUCGAACUCAUGGCCUUCCUCCAGCGUGUGAGUGGCGGCUUGAGAUAGCGGGUCUCCUCUCCGAACGGCCCGUUUGUGCUCAAGUAUUCGUGAGCUGAGACGUCGUCCUGAGCGAUGCCCACGCUUAACUCUGACGCAAUGCGUCCUGUAGCCUCGGACACAUUCUUUAUGUAUGGUAGGGAGUGCCAAAUCGUUGGUGUCUCUCUUCCAUUUGUCCGUCGUGGAUGCGUGCGUAUGCAGCGGCUGAUGAAACUAUUUGGGUAGCAGUUCUUUAUUAAUUGGUUCCUUAGAUGCCGUAUUUCUUGCAUCCUUCCCUCGGGCUCUCUACAGUGCGUUUUUACCCGGUCGAAACCCAAAAUCAUUACGAACGAAAAUGUAGUACACAACUUAUCGUCAAAGCAGUAAAGCGAAUCGGAACUCAGAUUGUUGAGCCACGAAGCCGCUUUUAACACUGUUUAUGACACCCUAGCCGACUUCAUUGUCGCACUUGAGGGCAUGUUAGUACAAACUAACGCAACCGAAGAGGCUAAACACACGGUGCGCCAAAAGGUCACGUCUCUCCUUAUGAUGAACAGAGACGCUAGCAAUAUGUCGCCCGCAGAAACAGAAGCAAUGAAGAGAUUAAAAAUGGACAAAGAUAUUAUAUUGCUACCGGCCGACAAAGGAAGAGCAACCGUUUUGAUGAACCGCGUUGAUUACAACGAGAAUGAACAAGCUCUUUUGGACGACCCACAGUCCUACAUGUCCGCACCCGCCUCGCAGGCUAAAUCGAUGAUUGGCCAACUGACGGGACUCUUAAGCCGAAUCCGGCACAACAAUGAAAUCUCGCUUGACGAAUGGCGCCAGACAAAACCAACCGACACGGCAUUGGCCAGGUUCUAUAAACUUCAAAAAUCCACAAACCAAACGUUCCUUUGCGGCCAAUCGUUGCCCUGAAAGGCAGCCCCACAUACAAUCUAGCCAAAUGGAUGUCUCGAAAGCUCAAUUUUCUCCGAGAGGGCUCUGUCACGUCAGUCAAUUCGGCCUCCCAAUUCCUUGCCGACGCUCGAGGAAAAACUAUUCGACCGGACCAGAUCAUGGUAUUCUUCGACGUUGUCUCACUUUUCACGUCCAUUCCACCAGACCUGGCGCGCGACGUGCUACGCAAACGCCUCAAAGAAAAGUACGACGAAACAACAGGACCCCUAAAGAUCCAGCACCUCAUGCAGCUCUUUGCAUUCUGUCAACGGACGUAUUUUACCUUCGAUGGCAGAACAUACGAACAAAUCAAAGGAACACCCAUGGGUUCCCCAAUAUCCAGCCUAGUUGCGGAAUUGGUCCGACAAGAGCUGGAAAAGGUUGCUUUCAGCCACUACAAACCUGCGUUUCGGCGCCGAUACGUGGGCGAUACAUUCGUCAUUAUUGAAAAGAACAGGCUAUCGGGGUUUCAAGACUUGCUUAACAGCAUCUUCCCCGACAUUCAGUUUAUAAGAGAAGACGAGGAGGCCGAGAAACUACCCGUCUUUGACUUUCUCGUCACGCGCACACCUGAUGGUAAACUCAGCAUUACAGUGUACAGAAAGUCGAACAAUACAACCCAGGUCCUCAACUAUCAUAGCAACCACCCAUUAAUGCACAAACGGGACCGUGUGAAGGCGCUUUUCGACCGGGUAAAAACGCAUUGUAGCGAGCCCGAGGGAAGGAUGCAAGAAAUACGGCAUCUCAGGGACCAGUUAACAAAGAAUGGCUACCCAAAUAGUUUCAUCAGCCGCUGCAUACGCACGCACCCACGACGGACAAAUGGAAGAGAGACACCAACGAUUUGGCACUCCCUACCGUACAACAAGAAUGAGUCCGAGGCUACAGAACGCAUCCCGUCAGAGCUAGGCGUGGGCAUCGCUCAUCACCCGGCGGCCACCAUGCGUAGCAGGAUCAUGAAAAUGAAGAAUCGGCUGGACGCAGGUGAACAGUCGGGCGUAGUCUAUCGAAUCCCGUGCCAAAACGGUCCUUGCCACUACACAGGCCAGACAGGACGGCGUCUGAGCUCACGAAUACUUGAGCACAAACGGGCCGUUCGGAGAGGCGACCCACUGUCUCAAUUAGCCACUCACACGCUCGAGGAAGGGCAUGAGUUCGACUUCGCCAACACGCGGAUAUUGGCGCGAGCCGGCAACAAGACGGGGCGAGAGCUGUUGGAGGCGUGGGUGUCGGACACCAACUCCAUCAACAGACACAUCGAUUUGCCUGCGUGUUAUCACGCGCUCCGCCCACGCAGCCAGGUGGCGCAGCUCACACCGUCGCGAAGUGCAAACGGCGUCACCACGCCGGGGGAACAUCGUGGACCAGGCGGCACAAACCCUACCUAGCCACGGACGUACUCCCCCUCCCCCCGCAAGGAUGAACGAUAUAAAUGUUCACAAUUUGCUGCACUCGAGUAACCUCUGAUGAUGAACUCUAGUUCGAGUUCGAAAGCUCAGGCAAAUAAACUUACUGUCCCAGUGGUCGUGCCUUCGCCUUCUUUUAAACACCUGGUUUUCACACGAAAGCGGUGGAUGGGUGGAAUCUCACAUGCGUCACAGUGCCAUAGCGAUCACAUGGAGAAGGAACCAACAGGCACUUAUGUGCCGGCGAGGAAUGAUGUGAUAAUUUGUUUUGACCGGCCCUAUUUCAACCCAAAGUUUUCAUGGAUACGGAUAUAACAAAGUAGGCCCAUACAGUGACUGAGUACGUGUCAGCAGAGUCGACAGCGGAGGCGGGGGCGAUGAAUGUACGUUGCUGUUCCGGGCAUUGGUCCGGGACACCCUCUUUUAUUGGAGCUGAAGAUCCUGGUUAGUGUACGUUCUGGAUCAGGGAGUGUGGUAGUACGCGUAGAUGCGGGUAUAAGUUGUGUCAGCCACACCUCUUGGUUCUGUCUUGACAUCGUGUCCAGGUGGGGGAGGAGGAGAGAGUGCGGUAGAUGCAGCGCAAUUCAACCGUCAUUAUAAACUAGCUUACUCGCAAGCUACCGUCCCUGCUUUCAUUUUGCACGGGGACACCUGGUGAAAAUCGUCGGUUCCGACGGUCUGACUGUCAGUUUACCCGUCUUUGUGCAUUGAUUCGCAAGUGACCGAUCAGGCCGAUCCCUGCUGUGAAGAUGCGAUCGCAAUGAGUACGGAUUAGGAUGGUAGUGGGGGCAGUGAUGUUGAGUGUGGCAGUUGGAUGGGAUGUCGGUAGUGUUAUCACCGUUUUGGGGGUGGGACGAAUGGUAGUCAUCGGCGUCGUCGUCGUCGUAGGUAGGUUUUUGGUAGCAAUGAUCCAGAUGGUAUUCAACGGUGACGGUGGGGGCGGCACACUGAUGAGCCGAACCCCUUACAGCUGUGUCAUGCAGCACGGGAAUAUCGGUGAAACACGCGUGUAUGGGCCUUUAGAUAGGGUAUGGGCUGUUAGUAUGGUAUCAUCUUACCCUAAAGUACACUACUAGCUGCCUGUCGGCAAUUGAUGAAUAUUACGCGGUUACCCGCUGUGGCUGAUUGACUUCGGCCUAAAUGUUCAUACAUCAAAUUUCGGUUUGCGCCUAUGGACCUUGGAAUAGAUUAAUCUACUCCUAUUUCGCAGUUACUCUCUGAGGAAAUUAAAAAGCAACAAGACGAUAUCUUUGCCCAAACCUACCUCCCAUAAAUUAUAAAUUACCGGGGGCUGAGAUAUUUGCCAUAUGGCACGUGAGAAGAAGGACGGGCGUUCAGCGACAGAGGUUUAUUUUGAGUCUGAAGGUAGAGAUAGUAAUUUCGGUUACCGACCAUCUGAGAUUGAAGAGUUGCAUGCAUAUUCCUCACUACGCAACGCAUCUGCCUGUUGUGCGAACAUGCUGUAUGACAUUACUUAAAUGAUAGUUUUUAUUUCGAAAGAUUUACAAGUGAACAGAGCGAUCUUCAGCCUGCACGGUAAUGCGGGGAAUUGACUAGUUAUAGUGCCCCCUUCUAAUGACUUUUGCAAAUUCACCUAGGUAACUGUUUCGAUCUGAAAACUUCCUCGGAACUAUCGGCCAAUUUUUCAUGAGUUCUCACCCAUUUUGUAUGUACACUAUACACGUCUACAAAUCAACUUCAGAAUCGUCCAAUGCGACCAAGCUCUACUCUUCUACUUACUUAGGUCCAACAGGCACAGGAGUGUAUUGAACAGUUGCUGGAGAACAUAAAGGCUAUACAGGAAGAGCGGGAUCAAGCUGUAGCCAAAGUCAAGGCCUUAUUGUGUGAGAAUCGUGCUUGUAAGACAUCACCCGUACCAAAUCAGGUAAUUCCGCAGAUUUUUCAGGGCUUCUUCUCAACUGAGCUUUUUAAGCGCCCUUCAUUUAUUUUGCACAUUAAUUGGUUACUCGAUGAAAAGUAGUCCAGAAAAGUAGUUUGUAAUACGGAAGGACUAAAUUGUCUGCUACUUUUGCCCGCAAAGAUGUAGAGUCUCUGAUCAGGAAGCAACAGUCUGCGGGCUCGGCAAGAUUCAAAAACGAAAUCCCGGAAGAACAAAUAUACCUUGCCUAUCGCUAUGAUGUACAGCCUCCGAGCACACUGAGACAAUGAAGGCGGUUGACUCUUUGGCUCUUAGGGUGAGAAUCUACGCAACGUCUGCACGCAUCCUCGUGAGAAUUUCCUCUCGACCAAAGAGACGACCGUGAGCUGGCACAUGGGCGACCCCGAUCAGAUCGAUUUCGGUUUUCUAAACCUUAAGUGCACACCUCAAAUUUGGAAGCCGUGGAGGAGGAGUGGGUCCUAGAAUUGCACAAAAAUUCGUUUUCACUACUGAUGUCGAUGCACAGAAACUGAUUAUCUCGAUUCUCAAAAGAGGUGCUAGCAUGUGAUCAUGGGCGUUACUGAGAAAUCUUACACCCUAUUGAUUGAACUAUACAGAGCCCAUCGAGUCUAUGUAGAGGGCUCCACGGUUUAAAUUCAUAACUCUUGGGCCAUGGGAGUUCAAGGUCCUAUUGUCCUUCGUUUGCGUUUCAGAAUGGUCCCAGUUUACAGCGUUCUGUGCAUGCGCGCCAGAUGUCACCAGCAUUCUUUAACGUGAGAACCAUGCUGCCUUACCUAUUUUGCAUUAUUUUUUUUAACACUGUUCUCCUUACUUCUGCAGCUUUGAAAUCUACGCUCAUUUUUGUCGAAGUCAUAUUGGAACAAGGCCUUUAAAAUAUGCACAACCACGUUAGGCGGUUAUCUAUAAAGAAUUUAGAAGAGGACAGAUUUAAAGUUCUGUUAAGAAACGGAGAGCAGUGGAACCGUCGUGUUACGUCUUGCAACUAGGCCAGGAUGUCAUCACCGGGUGUCUUGGAAUUCCAGGUCUGCACAAAAUGGAAGGGACCUGUUUGGAAAACUUAUUAUUAUUGGCAUGGCCGUUUUCAGAUACAGUAUGUGGACUAACUCAUGAAAUGCCGGCCAAAAUUUCAAAAUGCGUUCUCGUCUCAAAAAUAUUUAUUAUGUUUGUAAAACUAAUCACUGUCCAGGAUAAUUCUAUAAUGAUCCAGUUACCUCAGGGUGCUUCUUUCGAAAGAAAUUAUUUUCGACUGCAUGCGGAAACAAUACUUUGCAAAAUCGACUAUUUAAGUAGCAUGUAAUUUUCUCAAUGAUUUUCGACAAUCCCGAAAAUUCAAUUAUAUUUCAUGACAAAAUGCAUAAAAGUAUUCAUUCGUUUUCUUUAUUCGGGAGAAAAUCCCGUCUUCUUCAAAUUUUAUCCUCGAAGGAAGAGUAUAAUUCGGUUUUAAAAAACUCAUCUAAUUCCCGAAUAAUUUUGAACCCGACCUGCUGUUAUACUUGCAUUCGGGGUUUUCGAACUACAAGCCGUAUAUUUUCAAUGUACGAAAAACCAUACAUUCCUCUACGGUAUUAAGAGGAGACCAUAUAUGGUUCAUAAAAUUAAGCAGUGGAUUUGAGCAAUGUUGUUCGUUUUACAAGCCGCAUUGGUAAAUGCAGAUACAAGACGUUUUAUGAACGGCCAUUUCACGGUAUUAAAAAAUCUCACAAUUAUAAACUUUUAUGAAACCGAGUUAUAUUUCUAUUUCGAGUAAAAAGUUGACAUGGCCGUUUUCAGAUACGUAAAUUGUUAGAACUUUCCUGAACAUACAUUCUUCUGGUUGCAAUACGCUUUCUGAUACAAGAUUCGAUAAUGCCUUGCGUGCAUGAUCACAAACCUCGUUAGCUCGGGGGCAACCUGCCGUCUGUUCUCAUCAUCAAAACAAAAUAUUCGAAUGGCUCUCUCUCUCUCUCUUUCUCAGAGCUGAUUUCUGCCCUUGGAAGACUAACUGUAGCACCAAGUGUUUGCCGUUAAACUUUCAUCACUUAUAUCUCUUCUCGUUAUUUAAUUAUUUUAAGGACUUCACGAAGAUUACGAGCCUGUCGCCUGACGAAACUCUCUCAACGCACACAAUGUAUGGAAUAGAGGAAUUGGAGGACACACAACCGCCCACCUGUCCAUUGUACGCAGUCUCUCGCAUUAUCCGAAUUAUCGCUUAUUUUAUGCUUUGUUUAUUGAUUAGACGACAGAGCCUUCUAGCGCAACUGGAAAUGUACUGGUGAAGUGUAGCCUUGUGUGCAAAAACCGAAUACGGCCCUUUUAAAUUUUAAGAAUCGGGUCUUAUAAUUUGACAUCUUAUUUGGAACUACUUAGUAGUUGCGAAUCUAAGUCUGUAGUUCAUUUGGGUACUUGCUCGCACGCCUGGUGCCUAGUCGCUGGGUCUGUUAUUUUCACCGCCAUCACGCGUUUCUACUUUGCCGCUCGGUGUCCCGUACGACCACGUCCACCACCACCACGUCCACCACCACCACGUCCACCACCACCACGUCCACUAUCAUCAGCGUCACUACCAGCAUCAUCUUCCUCUCCAUUAAUAACAUACCCGAGAGGUAAUUAGUCUCUCCUAAACUAUAUUUUUCAUUUUCUUCUACGUAUUAAAGCGUAGAGAAUGCUCGAAACGCUGCCUGUGACGCCAAACCGACGAAGAAAGGCAACAGAAAUAUAUCCACAGAGUCUUGGCGGACACGAAAUCUCUCAAGAGCUCUACGAGCAAGAGUGAGUCCGUUCCUCCUAUUUCCCCAUCUCACCCACUUUCAAACAGACCCUGGAAUUGCGACGAGAAAAGGCCACCUCAGCAGAGUUGCUGGAACAGUUGCACUCACAGGAGGAACGCCACAAGCGGGCCAUGUGGAAGCUCAAACGACUUGAGGAGAGGUUUUCUUGUUUUUUUUUCAAAGACAUGAUUUUUUCAGGAGUCAAAAACUAAUUAAUCAACCGUAUUGCCGGAACUGCAAAUCUAAACUGCUGACCCAGGGUGAAGGUAAGUUCUCGUUUGUUGCUGACCAUUUUUCCACUAAAAUGUCAGUCGGAAUGAACGUCUUGUUCUGCAAGUUGUUUCAGCCGGUCGUUUAAUUGCGACGGUCGAACUGUCGUAGUUGGGCCUGCAGUUCUGACAGACGGAGUGGUCUUAAAUACUUUUGUUAUUAGUAAUUUUACUAAGUCUUUUAAAUUAUAUUUCCCACUACUUUCUGCUGUUUCGCGGUUUUUAUAGCGACUAACCUCAAAUGCAAGAAUCUUGCCAAGGAGGUACGAAUGUUCAUAUCGAUUUUUUGGUUUGCCUACUUACUUUUAAUCAGUAGACUUGCUGUAUAUUUUUGUAUGCGCUCUAGGUACAGCGUCUGCGUACACGCAACAUCGAACUGUCCGGUAGGGCGAAGGAGAGAGAAAAACUGCUCGAGACGAAAGUCCAGUGAGUUUGGUCGGAAUGGCUGCAGAUUCAUCUUAGACGGUCUUUUUUUCAAAAAUGAAAUUCUUUUUGUUGACUGACUUUUCUAGGAUGAAUCGUUUUCACCUGAAAUUUCUGCUUCGGCGCAUUAACCGACUUGAAUUUCUUCAGAAGGCGCGCAUCAGCUCUCGUUCUUUUAUCCGGUAAUUUAUCCGAAAACUUUUUUUCUAUCAUAGGCCCGCUAGAGUUGUCUUUGUUUUUCUAUGCUUACUCUUACUUUCACCCUAACAUUGAACAAUGUAUACUUCAGUAAGCCGAGCUUUGAAUUUUUUCAGAAGCGUUUGUCAAAGUCUGGAGGCAAAAUUUCUAGUCCAUUUUACUUCCUUUUUGUUAUGAAAAACUUUUUGGCGAUGGGGGUUUGGAUCUGUGAAUAAUAUGCAAUCUUUUUUCCCGUACCUUCGUUAGGCUCAUCAUCAGUUUCACAUACGAAUGUUUCUAGAAAAUUAAUUUAAAGUAGUUCUUAACUCCGGCAAUUUACUCAUUAAAAAUGAGGUGAUUAAAAAAGUGAAGUAGGCUUGUGUGAUAAAAACGACCUGGCAUCUUGCUAGUCGCAUAUUUUAGUCUUUACGGCGGGCGUUUCGCCAUUGCAAUUUAAUAUGGCACGAAUUGCCACCCUCUAGAGCAGGGCUUUAAAACCAUCUGUCCGCUUACUUUUCUGAGGAGCACGCACUCCAUUUAGAUCGUCUUUAAUGCCAAAUUCUGCACAGACCGUCGUGGCGUUCUGACAGUUUGCCACAGUUAGUGGCCGAUCACAUGAAAUGUUGGCUGGAAUUCUGAAAUGUGUUUUCGACUAGGAAGGAUUACCUAGGUGAAGUUGUAGUAUUAAUUAUCAUGCGGCAUGAUCUCAUGCUAUUUUAGACUCAGUAGGAUGUCGGCUUUUAAAUGUGUUUCUUUUCGAUUUUCUGCAGAAACCACGUUCGGUAAGAAAUGACUACAUAAGUAGCAGGCAUUUUUUACCAUGAUUUUCGGUAGUCUUAUAAAUUCAAGUAUUUUUUAAUAGAAAACAUGCGCAAAAUAUGCUUUUUUACUCGUUUGGUAGUAAAUCGCAUUAAUUUCACAUUUCAUGCCCUAAAACGGUAUAUUUUCAUUUAGCAAUUUCAGUCUCUAAGGUGUAUGCAUUCCGCAUAAGGAAAAUCCUAUUUUCCUCUAUGUCUUUAAAUAGGCAUUAUAUAUGGUUCAUAAAAUUUUGCAGUGGAUGCGGACAAUGCUGUACAUUUCAUGAGGCGCAUUGGUAAACGAUCACUUGCGAUGCUGUAUGUAUGGACAUCAUACGGUCUUAAAAAUGUCAUAAUAAGAACCCUUCUUAAAACCUAAAUAUACACUUUCCUCGGGUACAAAAUGUGAAGGUAACGCGAUUUUCUAUCAAACGAGUAAAAGAAAGCAUAUUUUGCCCAUGCUUUCUAUAAAAAAUAUUUAAAUUUAUAGGGCUACCGAAAAUCAUGGUGAAAAAUACCUACCACUUAAGUAGUCAUUUUUUAUCGUGUACUGUCUACGCAGGAAAUCGAAAAGAAAUACAUUUAAAAGCCGACAUCCUGGCGAGUCCGAAAUACUAUGGACUGCAUGAUAAUCAGUAUUACAACUUUACCUAAGUAAUCCUUCCUAAUAGAAAACGUAUUUCAGAAUUUCAGCCAACAUUUGAUGAGAUCGGUCACUAACUGUAUAUAUGGCAGUUUUGAUGAGAAGAAGAAAGUUCCUGGCCUAAAACUACACGAUAACAGUCCUCCGGAGCAGUGCUCUAUACCAGAUGGUUAUUGAACUGUAAACGCCUACCAGUUCAUUACGUCUUAUGGUUUAAUACAUUUGAUUUAAAAAAACAACAUUGUAGUUGUUCAUUUAGUCAACCAGGCUUGUAAACUUUUGUAUGCCUGACUGCCUGUUAAGUAUGAUGCGUGCAUGUGCCCCACAGUCUUCUCUAUCCCAAUCAAAAUAAAUGCGGUUGUCCAAGUGAGCGGAGAAUUAUGUGGAAUUCAACCUCAGGAUAUCCCCCGUGCAUUGCACCGAAACCAUUGCUUUUUCUGUGCGGCAGCGAAACGAGGGACAGGUAUGAGCCAAUUAAACACCACUGACGUAUGUUUGGAGGUGACUGCGCAGAGCUCUGCAUGCUGGCGAUAGAUCGAUUCAUCGACCGACUGACUUCUCAUCCGAGGUCCGGAAUCUCCUUGCAUCUGAUAUGGCUGAUUAUCUUGGAGGCUGUGAAUUUGGACCCAUGUCCUGUUUUGAAGAUGGGUGUCAGACAAUUCUGCCCUUAUUGGCCGUGAAAGUGAAAUUAAUCCGAGUGGGAAAAGUAGCUUGGACAUAUGACUCACUGGAGGAGUAACAAUUACUUGCUUAGCCAGUGGGUGGUAGAGGAGGACAGAACCUUCUGGAGUUGCCGGAUAGAUGUUGUCUGUAGACACUUGUUUUCUAGCUGUGUAAUUUUCAUGUUUUUUAGGCCGCAGUAACCGAUUUGCCUUUAGUCAUUAGACAAUGUAGAAUAUUUCCACGACCUGGACCUUACCAACCACUUUUAGGUACGAUAGGCUCCGGUACACAACUUAACAUCUGAAAGGUCCUUUGAAGACAAUUGUACAGUUCGUAAUUAUGGUAUUCUUGUCAGACCCUCAGAUUAUGCCUACCGUUAAGGAGCAGAUCUUCACUUUUCACUUGUCUGCCACUUAUUCAAGAUUAAGGUGGUUCAUUGGCAAGUGUUUUCGUUUUGACAAAAUUGCCCAGAUUUUUUUAGAAUUUUCCCCUAACUCGGAUUUCUGCAAUUCCAAUUAGGCCCAUCUACAGAAGCCUCCACGGACAAAGACCCAGUAACUGUCAACUAAAUUGCUUUAGAUCAACCAGUCGUUAUCUGCCUCAAACAGUACCCGAUGAUGGGAGGUUAGUUUCUCCAUGUUGAACUAAUGCAGUAAUCACGAGUGUUUCCUCAAUUUGAUUGCCAUACAACGCUUGGCAGUCCUCCCUCUUAUCUUCAUCCACUUUGCAGCUGCAAACCGAUGACAGGCAACAGGGAGGCCUGUGUGUCGGACUUGAACUCUCAGAAUUGCCCUGAACUGGAAGCAAAAAACCGACGAAUUUCUGCUUUGCGGCAGGAGGUAACAUUCCAUAGCUGGAGCAAUUCUUUCAUCCCGCUUCCCUAACGAUCGGGCUUAUUGCCCUGUUUAAAAGUAUUUAAUGCCAGAGAUCCCGAUCCACCAGUUUUCUAACUGUGCAAUACCAAAGAAGGAACAGACCGAAUGAUAAUAGCGCUGACAUGAAUUAAGCAUUAUUUAACCAGGUCAACUGUCAACAUACUUGUUACGGUUUUAAUCCGGCCUAAUCACGUCAGCCUCAGCGAUGUAGCAGGUAUUAGCUCUCAGCGUGGACUGAUCUACCGUGGCGGAUGUAAUGCGUCCGACUUGCUCGUCUCUCCGGUGAUGAUACCCAAGUAUCGCGAUUUAAAGAACUACCUCCACAACCUACUAGACUGUGUCGAACCAUCCGUACACCCUCCUUAUUCUCUUGCAGUUACGUCGGAUUUAGGAAAAGGGUGAUGAAGAGUCCGUCGUAGAUGCCUUUGUGAGGUUUCCGCUGGUUCAUUGAGGACAGGGCUUGUGCAUUCCCCCCAGAGGAUAGUUUUCGGGCAGUUGUGACCGAAGCCUCCCCAGUUGUCGCUCACUUUUCUCGCGAACAACCAAAGUUCCACAACCGUAGAAGAAGGUCGAUUGGAAAAAUGUUCUGUAAACGCUGAUCUUGGCGGAGAAUAGACGUCUCGAGGCCCCUUGGAUGGCUUUAAAAAAUCCCCUGAACAGCGAGGUGUAGUUCUCUCUUUGUUCUCUUGGCAAACAUCUAGUCCCGAGAGCUUCUAAACUGUCCACUACUUCCGGUUGACGUUUAUUAAUUAGGAAGUAGGGACUUUCACCAACACAGCCCGUUAGUCGGUCACGCAUGGCAAUAUGGAUCCCCCGUCAGCACUACAAAGGCCUCGCGCUAAGGUCCUACUCAAGUGCCUCAACCUUAACCUCAACACUUACCCAAACCCUCCUCCUAUGACGAACUCGCCGUAAGCGUCAAGAGCGCUGUCUCACAUAGGUAGACAAGGCUGCGCACCCGAGGAGUAUCGCCUUUAGAAAAGUACCAAGGCUGAUGACGAAACUACCAGUCAGACAUCCAAAUCCAGCUAGGUCUUCGGCCAGCUAUAGCCGUUGAGAACCGCUACGGUAUUCUCAACGUAAAACGGACCUGCUGUUCUGACAGCGCUCAUGUUCGCAGCCGAGACGUUGAUAGUUUAUGAACACCAGUCAAGAAAACUCAAGCAUUCUCGCCCGACCUGUCUCCAGAUAAUGCCGAAGGUGAAGUAAAGGGGACGGAUUCCAGACGCCGGGGUCCUGGAUAGGCAAGCGUGCGCGGCAUCUACGUUAUGCUGAAGCAGAUGUGUCCACUGUGAAGUUGUCAGGUGGUGGGGAUGGGUGACGAGCCAUUUCAAGAAUGACGACUGAAUGGUAAAGUUGCUGCUGGUUUUUCGCAGACGUGGGCAGAAGCUGCGAUACAGGGACACUCUGGGGAUCUCUCUCAAGCGCCUACAAAUCAAGCCUGAAACCUGGAAUGACCCAUUUCAGAACCGAUAGUCAUGGUGCACAGCCACAAGGACUGGGACAGCUACCUUUGAAGACAAGAAAUAACAGAUGCAAUUCGCGAGAUCAGCGAGACCCACGUGCCGUGCACCACCGGUACAAGCACCCAACCUCUGCCGUCAUGUUAGCAUUGUCAACGGACACACCUCACGGACUGACUUUUUUAGACAUCACGGGCAACCCGCCGACCACAUCACGAAACCUCGCAGCCAGCAGCAUCACUACUGGGGACACCUUUCCUCCUAGGACUCAAAGGCCAGUCAGCACCACCACCACCACCACCACCAAUCUGAACACCAUCCUCACUUGUUCUCUGUGCGACCUCUAAUUUAAUUUACGAAUCGACUUUGUCGUUCACCUGACAAUCUAUUAGGGAGCAGUGUCAGCGGUUCCGACAUGCACCAUCCAAGUACACCAUCAUUGUACGCACUGUCCAGGGACAUUUUGACGCGCUAUAGAUCUACUGGGUCACGCAGACAGCUGCGUAAAUUCACAAUGCAACAGGACGGCUAAAGACUCCUUUCUACAGCCCUCCCCAUCCACACACAGUAGGCGCAAUUAGGCUGCAUGCGGGCCUAUGGCAAAAAGUCGCACACCAUUUACGUUACGGAACUCACUCGUCCCCUUGUGCUCUCUCUCGAGCUCCGUCAGCAGCGGCACAACGGCGCAUGAUAUCGGCAGGAUAGCGUUAGGGACGUUGGACUGCUAGUCAACAGGUCACUGGAUCGGGCUCUAGGUGCUCCACACUUCAGGCCUGGGCAUGACUAGCUGACGACGGUUAAUAAGGAAGAAAUAGUCAUUCCAGUCUCCCUUGUAGGUGAUGCUCUUCUGCCUAUACAAGCUUAUCUUGCUACAGCCGUACAUACAUGAGCAGUCGGCACGACAUCACUCAUGCAACAGUCAUGCGAUACAAUCUGCCAGCACGUGAGAAUGUCCGCCUCAUAUUUAUGCCAGGAACCUACAACAUGCUGAGAACCGGUCUUGUGAACCAGAGAGCCAGCACGUGGGUGACACACGCAGACUUCGGUAUUUGUACUACCUCAGCCCCCGCACGUGAUUUCGGCACCAUUUGUCUUGGUUCGCGCAGGCCACUGCUACGUGAAGAGGAAAGAGAGAGAAAGGGUGCGGCCGAAAUGGCGGAGGAAUCCAUUCUUGAGACAAAUUGACGCAUCCUAUUCACAGCCGACCUGACGCGCUGAUGACAACACUGCAGUAUGCGACCAUAGGGAAGGCCCUUUAACCGACUGGUGCAUGCCGUUGAACAACGCUGGACAAGGGAAUACCGCAACGUAAGUUAGGGAAAGCGGAAAAGAGCAACCACAGCAUUUAAAUCACAAAAACAUAUCUACUUGAAAGCCAACAGUAGGUAGGCAUAGUGGUUAUAAAGAGAUGAGGGCAUUGGGCUGUCACCGAGCUAGUAGUCGGGGCCCGAAAGUUUACCGACAGAGGAACUAAGUUGAUCCCCCCCCCCAGACUUGCUGGUCAUACCGAAACUGCUCCUUCUAUAGGUGGCCUUCAUGACACUUAAACUUUUGAAAUCUGGUGCAUGUGGGGCAGGAACCAGGUCGGGCGUGCUAGACGUAGACUUGUGACUUAGCCACUGUGGUCAGCUUAUUCCGACGGUAUUAACAACCAGCCUGUGGGUGAUAUGUGGAGGAAGAUUUAAGUGGAUGCAAUGCAAGUCUGAUUCAUUAUAAAUAUACUCACAGUUAGGUCCACCUCGUGGUCUACCGCUAGACCCCUUCGUUCACGAUGGUCAAACGCUUACCUCCUUGACGGUCGGAAAGGCUUAUAAGCAUCCCCAUCCCAUAUUACAAGUGGCCGUGCCCCAAAUUCCAAGAGUUCAGGGUGGUUAGUUUGGGCUAGGAUCAAGGUUAGGAUGGUUAGGGUUAAAAUCAGGACAUGGGAGCGAGGGUGCUUGAAAGUCCGGGGAGGCGAACUUAUUUCCAUUUCUAACCCGAACAACUUUAAAAAAAUUAACAAGUAGUCUCGCAUUGUUUUUUUCAGCUGCCAGUCACUACAACCUUUUUGCGCGCAUAGUGCGUGAAUAUUUAAAUAUUUCUGUCCAUGAUUUAAACUUCCCUACAACCUGUUUGUCUUUUUCCAGUUACAAGCUGUCACGAUGUCAAAAGACAAGACGGCGCAGUUGGCCGGACUGCUUGCGAAAAGCUACGACUCCUUGAUGAUUAGGUCACGCGCCAGUCACCGCCAGGCGCAGCGGAAAGAUGCUGUACUCUCCGUGAGUUCUCGCAUUCGGACAUCCCAGACUAUCCGUUGUUGAUAAGGUGGAAUCUUCCGCCACUUAGAAGGCGGCUGUACGAAAAAUUUAUUCUGCUAGGCCCUUUUGCAGAUGUGCUAUCUCAUAAGAUGUCAACCGAAUUUCUGAGAUGUCUUCGAUUAAAAAAGACUACUUAUGUUGGGUUGUAUUUUUAAUUACUGUACAGCAUAAUCCUAAGAUAUUUCAGACACGUCAAGACUUUGGCUCUUAAACAAGCUGUUUUCUAGCGGUUUACAGAAAUCACACACUGUAAAAAGUGACUACUUAAGUAUUUCUCCUAUUGAUUUUCGACCCCCUUAUACAUUUAAAUAUUUUCUUUAUUGAAGGUAUGCGCAAAACCAUUCUUGCUUGUGCCUUUUUCGUAGAAAAUUACGUCCUUUUUAAAUUUUUUACUUGAAAAAAGGGUAUUUUUUUUUACUAAACUUAUAAUUGUGAGAUUUGAUAAAACAGUGAAUUGUCUACCCAGGAAACGUCGGAUCGGUCCAUUCAUUAAUGCUGCUUGUCAAAUAUACGACAUGGUCUACAUCUACGGCAAAAUUUUACGAACCCCAUAUGACCUCAUCUUCGUAACAUAUAAAAAUAUUGGAUUUUUACUACAGGGGAGAUAUACAGUCUGAAUACCUGUGCAACGGCGGACCAAGUUUGAAAUUAUUCAGGAGUUUAAAACGUUUUUCAAGACUGAGAGACACGUCUUUUAAGUACUUAUUUUAACGAAGAGAACAAGCACAAGAAAGAAUGCUCUUGUUCAGUGCCUUCCGUAAAAUAUAAUUGAAUGUAUAAGGGCAUCAGAAAUCAAUAGGGAAAAUUUAUUCUACCCGAGUAACCACCUCUACGGAAUGUAGUUUCUGCAAGCCGUCUGAGGCAAUUUCGUUAAAAAGUCGGCACCCUAACAUGACUGAAAUAUCUUGUGAUUAUGCUACGCAAUAAUUAGCCCUACGACCCCAUGUAAAUAAUCUUGUCUUGUCGAAUAUUACAUUUCAGAAUUUUGGUUAACAUUUCCUGAGAUGACACGUCUACUGCAAAUUGGUUGUGAAGAUUUGUUUCAAUCCCUGCUUAUAAUUUGGCGGUGGUUAUUCUAGACUGCUCACUUUAUUCUAGCGCAGAGUGGAUCCCUCAACACCGUUCUCUUUUGCUUUUUGAGUUAUCGAUAGGUUUGCCGUCUAUUUUAGCCUCGAGCAGACUUUUGCUCGAUGAUGCCAAACUAGUAGCUUUCCAAUAAGUAGUCGAGAAUCAUUCCUAAAAUUUUUGUUUGGAUCGUUGUUAAUGGUGAUCAUGCGUAUUAUAAGUCAAUGAGGUUAAUUCCGCCUGCACUGUUGCAGUUUUACGCUCUGGGAAUUUAGGGAUUUGAGUAGAAACUAAGGUUCUUUGCCAUGUUUGAUUUUUUUAUGUUUAUUCUCUUUAAGCAAAUAAUCGCCUCUCUGGUAUCCGUCUGGAAUGAAAUCUCCUUUUUCGGGAAGCGAUUUUUGAACAUCAAGAAGAAUCCUGACAACCUUCUCUCCCAGCUGCACGAGGACUUUGACUUAGCGUUUGUUUCUUGUGGAACGGAGAAGUGGAAGCAGCUUGCUUCGCAGCAUUCAGACGAACCAGAUCACCGCGUGAUUAUUUUUAUCCUUUCUUAAACUUCAACUGCAUAUCUACAAAGUCGAAUUAUCGAGGAUUUGAACAUUCGCUCUGCCAAAAAAGUGGCCUAUUAACGGUGUCAUAAAUUCAUCUGACGUGUCCAAAGAAUUCCGGUUAAACUGACGAUUUUCCCGACUUUGGGUCAAAUUUCUCCGCGUUACGUGGUAGGCACUUGACAUACAUCGACACUUCGACUGUCGUGACCGACGAUGUCCAACGUGUGCUCCACCGCUAGGUGAAGCAGGGACGGUGACUUGCACGUGAGUUAGUUUAUAGUGACAGCAGACUUGCGCUGCAUCUACCGCACUCUCUCCUCUCCUAGCUGGGUCCGUUGUCAAGAGAGAGUCCAGAAGACCUGUGGCGGGAGAGGGCAUACGUUACUAGCACGGCGAAACUCACACCUGCAGUGCGUGACCGAUCUCAUGUAAUGUUGGCCAAAUUUCAGGAAUGCGUUUUCGAUUAGGAAGGAUUACUUAGAUGGGUAUGUAAUAUUGAUUAGCAUGCAGCAUAAUCCUAUAGCAUUUCGGACUCGACAGCAUGUCGGCUUUUGAAUAUACCUCUUUUUGGCCUCCUGCAGAAACCAAAUUUGAUAAAGAACGACUACUUAAUUAGUGUGCAUUUUUCCUACUGAUUUUCGAUAGUCUUAUAAACUCAAAUACAUUUUAUAGAAAGCAUGCAUAAAAUAUGCUUUAUUUUGCUCGUUUGAUAGAAAAUCAUAUUAUCUUAAUAUUAUAUAGCUGAAAAAGGUGUAUAUUUAUGUUUUGAGGAAGUUUUCCAAUUCCCGAAUAUUUUUGAGCCUGAUCUGUCAUUACAUCAUCAUUUAGCGACAUCAGUCUACAAGGUGCAUGGUUUCUGCGCGUAGAAAAUCAUAUAUUCCUCUAUGUUUUUAAGAAGGUACCACAUAGAGUUCAUAAAUUUUUGCAAUGGAUCAGGACUGUGUAGUACAUUUCAUGAGGAGCACUGGAAAACGGACAUGUGCCGUCCUGUAUACAUGGACAGCGCACGGUCUUAAAAAUUCCAUAAUUAGCAACUUUUUAGAACCUAAAUAUACACUUUCUAUAAAAUAUAUUUAAAUUUAUAAAACUAUCAAAAAUCAGAAGGAAAAGUGCAUGAUAAUUAGGUAGUCAUUCUUUAUCGAAUUUGGUUUUUGCAGGUCAGAAGGAAGUGCAUUCAAAAGCCGACAUCCUGGCGAGUCCGAAAUACUAUAGGAUUAUACUGCAUGCUAAUCAGUAUAACAACCCCACCUAAGUAAUCCUUCUAAAACAAAAACGCAUUCCGGAAUUUUGGCCAACAUUUAGUGAGAUCGGUCACGCACUGUAGACGCAUCACCACAUCGUCUGGUCUACAAUGGACACUGACCAAGAUUUUAUACCACAGGCAAAAAUUAGGGGGGUUGGUCGCAACGUGAGCCUGUUCAGGGGCGUGCUACCACACUCUAAAUGCUGGUAUUUGUAAUGGGUGCGUUUUGCCAAUAACUUCUGUCGGACCACGAUUUAGGCCCUCUGUUAAUCCAGUGCAGCAACUGCGUGACCCUUUUUAAGGGGCAGGACUUGGCAAACAGUAGGUGGGCUAACUCAUGAAAUCUCAACAGAAAUUCCGAAAUGCGUUUCCGUUUCGAAAAGAUUAGUUAAGUAGGGUUGUAAAACUAAUCAUCAUGCAGCAUUAUUCUGUAAUAAUUUAGUUACUCCAGGACGUCGGCUUUCGGACGUACGUCUUUCCGACUGCAUCCAAAAACCAUACGCCGUAAAAAGUAACUACUUAUGUAGCAUGCAUUUUUCUCAUUUAUUUUCUAUGUCCCAAAAAAUUUAGUCCUAUUUCAUGGAAAUCAUUCACAAAAAUGUUCAUUCUUCUGCUCAUUCGGUAGAAAAUUGUGUUCUCUUCCAAUUUUAUGCUCGAAAAAAGGGUAUAACUCGGUUUUAAAAAAGUAUCUAAUCGUGAGAUUUUUUAAUACCGUGAAAUGGCUCUUCAUAAAAUGUCAUGUCUCUGCAUUUACCAAUGUGGCAUGUAAAGAUAGCAAUGUAUAUCAAAUCUUCUGCUUAAUUUCAAGAACGCCAUAUAGUUUCCUCUUAAUACGGUAGGGAAAUGUAUGGUUUUCCGUACGCAGAAAUUAUACGGUUUGUAGUUUGGGAACCCUGAAUGCAAGUGUGACGGCAGGUCGGGCUCAAAAUUAUUCGGGAAUUGGAAAUGUUUUAAAAAACCAAAUUAUACCCUUCCUUCGAGUAUAUAAUUGAAAGAAAACGUAGUUUUCUUCUGAAUGAGUAAAAGAAUGAAUAUUUUUAUGCAUGUUUUCCAUUAAAUAUAAUUGGAUCUUUCAGGGCAUCAAAAUCAAUGAAAAAAUGCAUGCUACGUAAGCAGUAAUUUUUUACGGAGUAUGGUUUACCGAAACGAAAACGCAUUUCGGAAUUUCUGUUGAGAUUUUAUGAGUUAGUCCACUUACUGUACAUAGGCAUAAGUCCAGGAGCUGCAUUUGUCAAACCGAAAUUUGCACUAAAACGGACUGCGUAAUGUCAUCUAUCUCCCGAAGCUGGCUGUUGUAAGGGCGGCUUUGAUCUCACAAUGAGAAGGCGGCGUUACAGCCAGACUCUCAAUCCGGAGAAGAAACAUGUUGUCUCGUCAACUGGGAACCUUUCAAGCCACGACUCGUCACGCGUCGUGAUUGAGUGAUGCGUGCCAGAUGCAUGCACCAGCCGACGUUCCGAGCCUGUCUACAAACGGGUAAUAAGAUUGAGCCCAAUGACUGACGCGGCGUUAAGCUCUACGUCAUAAUGCGGCCUCCAUGGCAUGGUGGUACACAUAGAUGCAGGUUUAUUCGCUGAGCUAUCUACCUGAGCUCACCCUCAACUCCGGUCUUCUUGACAAUGUCUCGACACCGGACCCAGGUGGGGCAGGAAGAGCGAGUGCGGUAGAUGAAGUACAAGUCUACUAUCAUUAUAGGCUAAUUCACGCACAAGUCACCGUCCCUGCUUCACGUUGCUGUGCAGCACAGGGUGGACAUUGUCGACUACGAGAGUCGAACUGUCAGGCACAGUACCGGUGACUUGCAUAUGAAUUAUUUCACACUGAGACGGACGGGCGCGAUACCGACCAGUCAAAUUGUGCCGUCAGUUGGCAACCUUCCAAGCCACGGCCUUCCUCUCUCCCUCUCCUUUACUCCCUCUCUCUCUCCUCCCUCCCCCAUGCACCAGUCGACUUUCCGAGCCUGUCUACAAACGGGUGAUGAGAUUGAGCCCAAUGACUGACGCGGCCUUAAGCUCUACGUCUGAGAAAUGCAACCACACGCAUGUACGGCAGCAAUCAUGGACUCACGCGGUCUGCGGGCAGUCGGAUUAACAUGAGCAGUUCAAACAACCUAUUUGGCACAGCGAAAGUGGGCACAGCUCGUCGUGAAGGUGGAAGAGGAGGGGGGGGGGGCGACGCGCUUUAUUUUGAGACUCGGGGCCACGUUAUGUCUCCGUAUUUUCGUCCAUAAACCGUUAGGCCGCGAGCACAGGUCGUUAGGUCACGAGUUUUUAACUUGUUCAUAGUUGGUUGUUGUACCAGCACUCUAGCGCUGAACUGGUUCCUUUUUUCUGAUGCCCACAUAUCUGCAUCGACUAAUGGGUGGAAUACAUCGUUAACCACAGACCGUCACAUAUCGACGAGCAACCUUUCAUAGAAAAUAAUUGUUAGGAAAGUUCUCAUCUGUUGCACUGGUGUUACCAACCAUUCGUAUAUGAACCAUCGAAGUCGUCUUUUUUACAUUCGUCAAAAACGCGCGCCAUAGAGGGAAUCCCGAGAAAACGACGACCAGUUUAUUUCAGUCGACUCGAGAAGACGGAAUCUGACGGGCAACCUGGUUCUGGUGUAGAAGUUCGCUUUUGUUUUACACUCAGUCAAAUUAAGUCACGAUUUAUAAUUUGUGAAGCUUUUGCCUAUUUUAUCCUGUUACGCAUCCUUGACUGCUAGUCCGCGAUUGGUGGAAAAGACUCACAAGCCUAACCUGUUAGGGGUUAGAGUUAAGCCCUCUGUUACCACUGGUUCCGCAUAGUUUGUUUGAUGCGCUAUUGAAUCCGUCACAACUCGCCAGGAGUCGUAGUUCGAAAGAUCUCUAACUGACGGGAUAGCUUGGUCCUCUUGGAAGUACUUUGUAGUACCCUGGGGAAAUAAGGAGUUAGGCUGCAAUGGUCCCUUCAUAAUCUGGCCUCUAUUGCUCUGCGGCGGAUGAGAGAUCGGAGUCCCCCUCCCCGCAUCCUUGACUGCUAGUCUGGAAUUGAUGGAAAAGACUCAAAAGUCAUGAUCCCGACUUCCCUUUAAUAGUCGUGUGUAAAACCUGUGGGAUUCAAAGGAGAAUAUAAGGUUCUCAAAAGAGGCCGCUCUGAAAUGGAAUGCGACUACUGACUCAUCGUACUCACGGCCUUCAGUCUUAAGGUAAUCCUCUGAAGCAUCCAGUUCGUGAGCUGAUGUCUUCUGCACGUCUUCUUCCAAAGUACAUUUACCUCUGAAAUCUUUUAGUUCCUUUCAUCUUCCUCCGGAAAACACAUCUUAGUGUUAGUAGUAGUGAAAAUGCGAUUCCCGGGUGGCAUAUCGAAAUAAGAGCAGGCGUUCACCGGGAGAGGUUUAUUAGAGGUCUGACUUUUUGAGUAGUUGCUUCGUCUGCCCAUCUUCUGAGACUGGGAAGUCAUGCGCACAGCUCUCCUUGUAUGGCGCCCUCUGUUUGAUGCGAGGCCUGCCAAUGGCGCCUGUGUGGCUACAUCCGACCCGCAUGUCACCGUGACCUGUCUCGCCCCCGCCCUCGUCGGCCGCGGGGAUAGUUGACGACCCCGAUGGUCCCGUGCCGUGACUAUCCCCCGUUAAGGAGGUUCAUAAAGUCGGAUUGUGCUGUCCACCGACUGCUCUGUCAACCGUCACGUCAAUUUGCCUCCCCCCUAUCUGACACCAUCAAAGACCAUAUCAGCUAGAAGUGACUGGCUUCUGAAAUAGGGUGCACUUUGCUGGAAUCAGUCCAACACCCUAGCAUACCCACCAUUGUUUUCCCCAAAAUACUGUGCGACUGUCUAUUUACUACUUAGGAAAUAGGCGAAAAGAAUUUACAGCAAAGCACUGUCAACUUGGUGAAGUAUCCGCUAUGCGCUAUUGAAUCCACCACAACUCGCCAGGAGUCGGGCUUCGAAAGGUCUCUAACUGACGGGAUAGCUUGGUCCUCUUGGAAGUAUUUUGGUAUAGCCUGGGAAAAUCAGGAGUUAGGCUGCAAUGGUCCUUUUAUUAUGUGGCCUCUAUUGCACUCCUGCGAAUGUGACAUCGGAGUCUCCCUCCCCCACGAAAGUCCGCUACACGUUGUGAUGAAGUCGUGUGUGAAAAGUGUAGACGAGCUGUUUAACUUUGUUAAACACUUCAGUCUUCCUGGCAAUGUCUUACUAUAGUAACAAAGUCGACGAAUAAGGUGAGAGUGAGGUAGAUGCUGUGUAAGCCUACUUCGGUAAGGAUCUGCUGAAUGCCCCUAAAAACUAUGGCACACAGAGAAUGCCUACUGUACGUGUUUAAGUAGGUCGUCUCUUGUUCGAUACUCUCCUAAACAUAGAGUUUGCUCUCGUACGUUGCACAACCUGCUUCAAUUAAAAUAACCCAGGUUAAAGCUGCGGCUGUUGCGCCCACUUCAUUGUGUACGCGGUGGACGUCGUCGUUCGCGACGGUUGACUAACAAUGGCAGUCGAACUCACGUUUCCCUCAUCUUUUAUUCGAGCCACCCUCUCGGACAUAGACCUUCUGACCACCAACAAUCCCUUUCUUUCUCAUAGGUAGCUCAAAGGUUUGCCGGCCUGUUGAGACGCAAACUUUGGGCCCUACUGGAUGCCUACAGCACUGAGCGGAGCGCCCUCCGGCAGAGCCGCUGUCGCGCGGAGGAGGAGCAGCAACGUCAGUCCGCCCUCAUUAGGAGCCUUCGGGAGAGUCUGCAGCUAAGUCAAAAUCGUUUGAAGGAGGUGCAAUCCUUGACGGUACAAAUAAUGCACUGUGCUGUCUAGAAUACUUCCUUUUUCAUAUUGACCUAACUGUGGAAAAAUCGACGCCUCGGUGGGAUUCGAACUCAUGACUGCAAGGGGAAGGCUUAAGUACAGCCAACGCUCUAACCACUUGAUCAACGAGCCAAAGCAUUUAUGAAUUACGUAAGCCUGGUAGUCAUGUGGUUGAUUAUAGGUGAAGUACUUAGGAAAUCCUGCUUGGCCAGUCAACUUACUGUAUCAGAUUUGGUGGAUUCCAGACGUUGCAGUAGGUGGGGUGGGUAAAUUGACCCCAUUGUGAUUAAACUCGCGUCGUCCGGCGGGGCUUCGUAGCUCAAGUAGUUAGAGCGUUGGCUGUACCAAAGCCUUCCUCUUACUGCGUAGGUUCGAAUUCCAUCGUGACGCCGAGUUUUUCACAACUGGGUCAAUAUGAAUUAUUCAAAGUCUGCCAAACCAUCUACUUCCUUUUUUGUCUUCAGUUUAAACUACUGAUUACUAGGGGGAACUAUUCGGAGCAGUUUUUUCCCUCGCGCAUUGUCGUCUCUGUAUUUAAAACAAAACCAUGUCACUUGAAGGAAACCGCCAUAUCAGUCACUCAAGCAGGAUAUCGCGAGAAUGACCUCUGGUCGAAGAAAAGGACCUUUGGUUUUUCGAUCGGGAUACCGCGGAUGCCGCCAUCCAGCGGACCGUCGGACGUGUAGAACACGUCUACUAUUCUAUUACGACUUAAUCGGGUAAAUUCUGCUCUGCGGGGCAGGUAAACAAUCAGAUGCUGUACGCUCGUAAAAACAUGCUGUAAGCGGAAUGCUGCCACGGUAAGUGUUUAACGUUUUUGAAUGUGGGAAGGCGCCGUUGGUCGGUGAUGGUGCCGCCAUCGCCGUCGCCACAAGGGCGACAAAUGAAUUCCAAAAGUCUCGUAGUUACCAUUGAGGUGCUGCCUCGCCCAUUAAUCUUAAUGUUUCAUUUAUUAAGCAACAACUGUCGGAGGCAAACUUCACACGUAGACUGCGAUUUUUUUAUUUCUUUAUGCACAAACCACGCCUACCAGUCUAUGAACUUUUUUGCACUUCGUCGUCUAAGUGAACGCAGGCUGAUAAGAAAAGACCUUCAUUUUAGAUCGUGUAGCUUCACCAUUGCGCCCAUGAGCAGGAAAUGCGGCAUCAAGGCUUCUAUCUUUCCCGCCUAUCGUUGGAAAUGUUAACUGACUGACGACCUACAAGUCGCUACAGUCUCCUACUGUCGCAUAUCUGGAACGAAGCGUUGUGUUACAGUUGGUUUGUGAACGCCUGCUAACCGUGGCUCUCGCAGCCUGGUGUGCUUUGGCUGUUUUCUGGCACUUGGUUCCCUGCCGGCAGAUCCGUUUGCGCCCCUGCGAGCAUGGCUGCCCAGUCAUUCGCGUCCUUCUGACUUGUUGUGGUGCCGUUGUUGGUAUGAAUCCUGGUCAGAUGUUUGUUGUUGACUAGGGGCUGUGGUGGUACGCCUAUGUGCAGGUCCGGCCGUGCCAGUCACGGGCGCCCUCUCCCGCCCCCGUUCAUCAUGACUUUAUCUUAAUACCAGGUCCAGGUGGGGAGGGUAGAGUGCGGUAGAUGCUGCGCAAGUCUAUUCUCACCGUAAAAUAACCCGCGCGCAAGUCACCGUGCCUGCUUCAUCUUGCUGUGGAGCAUCGUUGAGCACGAUGAUCGAACCGGCAUGCUACGUCGUCCACUUUUCAGUCAGUCAGGUCAGGUUGAGUGAAGGGUGUGUAACGCCCCAGGGGAGUUGUCCAAGAGUCUGUCUUUUAGUUAGGCGUGGUCCAAUAAGAGGUGUCUGGCAACAAGUCGCGACAUAGACUAUGCGAUAUGCAUAUUUUCAAUUUCACGAGCGUUCUUGACGUUAAAUUAGAGAAAGUCGGGCUCAAAUGGUAGGAGUAGUGGUGGGGAUUUGGUUACCUUAGGACCAGGGUCGCCAGGCCUGGGUUACGGUUUAGAAUUGGGGUUGAGCUUAGGGUUGGUGUCUUUGGUUAAGAGUUAGGCCUAUAGAUAAGACUUUAAGGCCCCGGUUGAAGUUACGGUUACGUUAGAGUUUUGUUUAACGACCUAAGGGUUAGUUUGCCCAUUACAGGCAUGGUAACGGUCAGGGUGAUGAUUGUAUCCAACCACAGAUUUCACAGGGGGUUACAUAUCGUGCCCUCGUCCAAGUCAGUUCUAAACGAAGGGGUGACGAAGUACAGUUUGUAGUACAAUUCCAAUAAUGAACAUUUUUACCGACAAAGACGAGGACAAUAAAGACAUUCAAUAGGAAAAACCAGGGAUUUGAACUAGAAUCAGUCAUUGCCUAUACCGGACCCCAUGUCCCGUUGGUCACUUGUCUAUUCUGAUUACAGUGUGCGAAGAAAGCGAUGACUUUAGAACUAAACACCAGCUAAUUCUCAUCUGUCUCAAUGACUCUACGACAACUCCGUCGCACCCUGUCUGUUCAACAAACAUUAUUGUGGAACCAGAUUUUUUGCAACCGCAGAGCGUGUAAUCGAGUUUUAGUGGUUUGCGUUUUCCUGUGGUCCUCCAAAAAUAGAACGGAGUCUGCAAUGCUGAACUGCACAAGUUACUUUACGAACUUGCUUCUCAGGGUCGUUUCCGGAGCACUGCUCAUUCGAUUGCCUUUCAUCUGACUUUUCCCCUGUGCGGUAUCAACGCCGCGUGGGCGGAGAUGUCAUUGAUUUUCUGAUUGGCUAGGCACCGAAGAAAAUGCUCGUCAGCAUCAGUGUUGACCUUCGCCUCUUAACAAUCAUUGCUACCCUCGAGAUGUACAUCAUCUCAAUUCGAAUUUCAUUUUCAAUGAGGACUGUUUGGAGGAUGUGUCCCCCCCCUUAUGAAUUUGAGUAUUGAUCAUUGCAGCCGACAGCAUGCUAACUCCCGGAGCCCAGACGUAAAGCCCGAUAGCCGAUGACUUCGAGUUUGGACCCCGUGUUUUUUCCAGCUUAUGCUGCCUGACUGCAAUAAAUAAACAACCGCGGCGAAAAAUGGACGCCCGCGUUAGAAGGGCAAAGCCAGUACAAAAGCUCAUUUCUGCAUAUGCGACUUACCCUAGUGCCAGCACAUGUUCUUCCUAAAAUCUCUCUCUCUGCAAAGGCAUGCGGUAAAAAUUUGCCGUCUAUAAUUUAUUCGCCAUCUUAUGCAGUAGGAGGAUUAACCCAUGAAAUGUUAACCGAAAUUCUCAAAUGCGUUUUCGACAAAAAAGAUUACUUAAGUAGGGUUUUUAAAUUAAUCACCAUGCAGCAUAAUUCUAUAAUAAUUCAGUUACCUCGGGAUGCUGGCUUUCGAACGAACAUCUCUUCAACCGUAUACAAAAACCACACUCUGCAAAAAAUGGCUACUUAAGUAGCAUGGAAUUUUCUCAUUGAUUCUAGAUGCCCUUAAAAAUUCAAUUAUAUUUAAUGGAAAACUUGCAUAAAAAUAUUCAUUCUUUUUUUAUUCAGUAGAAAAUUACGUCUUUUAAUUUCAUACUCGAUGGAGGGUUUUAAUUCGCUUUUAAAAAAGUUUCUAAUUAUGAGAUUUUUCAAUACCGUGAAAUGCCCGUCCAUCAAAUAUCGUGUCUCUGCAUUUACUUAUGUUGCUUGUAAAGUUGACAAUACGGCUGAAAUUCACUGCUAACGUUUGUGAACCCUAUAUGGUCUCCUUUUAAUGCCGUAGGGGAAUCUAUGGUUUUCCGUACGCAGCAAAUAUGUGGUUUGUGGCUUGUAAAUCCUGAAUGCAAGUGUAACGGCAGGUCGGGUAGAAUAUUAUUCGGGAAUCGCGAAAGUUUUUUGAAAACUGAAUUAUACCCUUCCUUCGAGUAUAAAACUGGAAGACGUAAUUUUCUACUGAGUGAGUAAAAGAAUGAAUAUUUAUAUGCAUGUUUUCCAUGAAAUAUCAUUGGAUUUCUAGGGGCAUCAAGAAUCAGUGAGAAAAAUCCGUGCUAUUUAUGUAGUCAUUUUUUUACAGAGUGUGGUUUUUGCCCGCGACUGGAGAGAUGUUCGUUCGAAAGCCAGCAUCCUUAGGUAACUGAAGUAUUAUAGGAUUAAGCUGCGCGAUGACUAAUUUAAAAGCCCUACUUAAAUAAUCUUUUCGCGUCGAAAUAGCAUUUCAGAAUUCUGGUUAACAUUUCAUGAGAUAGCCCACCUAGUGUACAUUUGUACCUCAGCGCUAUGUCAGGUGGACCUGAAGCAGAACCGGAGCCUCUGAGCUUCUUUCAUCCUUCAUCAAACAAACUCACCGCAUUUAAAAACCAGUGUUCACCCACGCAGCCUGCCUGUACAGAAAAGACACUCCGGUGUGCCAUACAAGACCCUGUCAGCAGUUACAGUUGGUGGCGUAUCUCAUGGAAAAUUUGUAUAAAUUCAAGAAGGUGAUUUCGAUUCGCAAGGUUUACUUGUUAGUAUUACAUAUUAUAUAGCAUGGUUUUGAGAUUUUUCAGUCACGCCAUGAUGCCGGCUUUUGAAGGCAUGCCUUCCGGCUCUUGUAAAAAUCACUAUAGCUGAGAAUGAGUACUUAUUUGACAUGAUUUUUCCGUCGGUCUUUGGUUUUCGCAUAAAUUCAAAGUGCGUAAUAGAGAGCAUGCACGGAAAAUUCUAUUCUUUUUUUCUCUUUGUCACAACUUGAGCCUUCUUCAAAUUUCCUACUCGAAGAAAAUAUACCUAGUAGUUUCGAAAGAUUUUAGUUUGCAAAUAAUUUUGUUUCGUACCUGACUUUGCACUUGCAUUCGCUGCUGCAGAACCACAAACUAUGCACUUUCCGCUCGGGACAUAUAGUGCAUUCCUCUAUGCUGCUAAGAUGUCUCAGGUAGACCACACUGUAUACGUCACGAAGAGAAUAAACGAUAAGUUAGUAUGAUAUUUUGACGGAAACUUAAUGUUCUUGGGAAAUCUUAUAAUUGAAAUCUUACAACGGUAGGAUGUGUAACCCCACCUCUUAACUAAAGUUAACCGUCUUAUUAUUGUUUAUGAAAGGAACUAUGCACAACUAUUCCUGAAGAAAUAAAUAAGUCAGACGGACGCGUUUGACAACAGAAACCGUUCAUAGAUAUUGAGGAAGCAGAGCCUUUGUGUUUUAACCCAGGCAAAGUAAAUCAAAACUCAUCCGGCGUUCCUGGCAGCAAUGCGUAGUAUGGUGAGUGCCGACAUGGCACAAAGAGGUUUAACUACUCUUCCGGAAGAAAUAAGUAAGUUACAGCGUUCGGGGUCGACAACGAAAGGCAAUGCAAGUACAUUAGGUGGCCAGGAAAUUGAGCUCAGAAAAAGGGAUUACGGGGAGGGGAAGCAAGAACAUAAUUGCUAAAAAGUCAUACCGAAGACGAAGGUAUAAUUUAUUACACAAUGAGUACGUCAGAGGAUAGCUUCAUAAAAAUUUUUACCUAAGUCAUGGCCAGAUUUGUAGACUGCUAGAAAAAGAAUUUUUCAAAAUACUUAUUAUUUAAGGAACUUUUUUCAUCAAGUGCACAUUUUGCUGGUGGUCGAAAAACAUGCACUGAACAGUUGACAUCCUGAUAUGACCAAAAUAUAUUAAAUUAUACUACAUGAUAUUCGAUCUUACAGCACUUCCAAUUUAUAACCGAAAUUGCAUUUCAGGAGUCCGGUCAAUGUUUCGUGAGAUACUUCGUCGAUUCUAGGUGCUUUCCUUUUUUUCAAGCAAGCCGAAUUUUCAGACGACGGUCUGCCUUGGGCUUCUUUGAUUUGUUUUUAUUUCAAAUCAUCACAAACUACUUUAUCCCUCACGGGGAGGUCAUCCACGCAUUGUAGGCACCCUGUCCUUUUGCUACCAAUCUCGCGAUAACUUUUUUCACUUUACCGAAAACGAAAGACGAAGAAGGACUCCGAGAAUACGGCCCUGCUUGAGGCGACCCAGCGGCUGCAGGCCGAACUGGACUCCCAACGAACCCGUCUGCGGGUUCUCCUGCAAGAGAGACGUCUCUCUACCGCCCAACUGCAGACUCUCCGUGCAACUGUAGAUGCCCUUCAGCUGGCAUCACAGACAGCCGAGGAGGAGAAAAGAGCGCUGCAGAAUUCUCUUAGUGUAAGCUAGCCUAUCUUUAUUCGCAUGGAGCAAUUAAGAAGACUGUUUGGCGAGUAUACGCGUGCAUUCGAUGAAUUCUCACCUGCCCUGUACGAGACACAAACUGAAGCGUGUGAGCGAUAAGUUCAAUCGAUUGCGGUUCGUCUUUUCAUACAAACGAGGUAUGUGAAUAGAGAGGGGAGGGGGGAGAGUGGAGGCAGCAAGUGAUAGUGAGGGUUAGGUAGAGACGUGCCACAAGCGGGGGGAGUGAAGGGGACCGGGUUGCGGAGACAUUUAAUCGAUCCUUGCCCACGACAGACGCGGAGCGUGCAAGAGGGUUCAUCUGCGCGCACAGGACCGGCCUCUGUGGCCUGCUGGCAGUCGCCUCUGCUGUUGCUAGUAAGUGCUGACCAAAUCGCUUGGGGAUAGUUAGGUGGGGCCUCGUAACUUGCACGGAAGGCUUCGUUGGGAUCCACACGAUGCGCAGGACCAACCAUGUGUGCGAGGAUGGAGCUGGGUAUGCUGUUAACUUUACCUUUCCUCAGCUAUGCCGGCGGAUGUUCUGGUAUUCGUGUUCUCGUUAUCCGCGUUCCGGUGUUUUGAGGCAGAUUUUAAAAAGUGGUCGGACAGGGAGAUUUGGAUACCACGUUGUACAGGUGGCUUUGCGAUAAGUUUCGGAAGAACAUCUAUUCUCGUGUCUUCCUUUCUACACUUAUCCCCCCUGAAACUUCCGACAAAGCCGCCUGGAAUAUGCGGCGGUCCAUAUUCCUGUUUUCAACCGUUUAAAUUUUACAGAAAACCGUCGACCGACCCCUGUUAAACGUACAAAUUUAAGCGAUUGUCAUCAGACGUUUGCUUAAGUGUGUGAGUGCAGUUACAUGUCAGAAAGAGUACAGUUCUUGUUUUUGACCUCGCUGCGAAUCUAGUCACAAUCUCCUGUACUUUUUCCGCCAGCUUUUGUGGCAGAAUAAUAUGUUCAUCUUACUUUUCUUACUUAUACAAAACGCCUCAUUGGAUACAACGAAACUGGAAGGAUUCAGGUUCAUUCAUUGCUUGUAGUGGACCAACUGUUUGGUGGCGCUCGACUUUCCAGACCGUCACUUCCGAUUAUCCGAUUAUCACUAAUUAGCUGGCGAAUACGGUAUACUUCGUCGAGGUGGGAUUAUGAUUUGUCAUACUUGGAUUUAUGCAUAAAUGAACUAAUUCUGCUUGGAAUAUUUGUAAAAGAGCUGAACAAUUUCACCCCACAGACAGCAUAGACAUUCCUGAUCAUUGUACUGAUGAGGUCUUUAUUUUAACAAAUGGACAAAUUGAUCUGACUGAAUUUCCGCUGAGGCUAAGCCCAUUUAUUCCUUUUCACAUUUCAUAUUGGGAAGUGAAGUGAGAAAUUCACUUUCCGUGUUAAACGUACUGAAAGCAGACAUAAUCAGCCGUUUCGUCCAAUAGUUUUGAUGUAGCGUAAGUGUGGGAAAUCCGCUAGUUCUCACGUUUUCACGCCUUCGAUCAAAAAAAUCAGCUUAGGACAUCUAGCGGAAGGUGGACGCCAAGUUAGCCUAAACGAGGGAUUUAUAAUAGUCCAUCAAAAACAGCGUUCCAAAUGGAGCCACGGCGACGGCGUAUCCCGACCAUGCCAGUAAAAGGUGUCAUACAAAGAAGACCCAGCCGCCUGAACUCAGAAGAUCUUGGUACAGGCUCAUUGAUUACCCAGGUCUUACACCCGCAUUAACUAUCCCCCGUGUUCACUGACCCUCGACCUAUAGAGGUACACUCAAGCGUCACUCUAAAAGUCCAUUCUCUUAAUUGCCCUUCGUUACUGGCCUAGCCAUCCAGCACGGAGGCUCGUAUCCCUCCCCAGUCAACCUCAAACGUCCAUCCACGACCAACGGGACAAAGCCAUAUAAUCGGAGUGACCCUAUGGCAGUCUGUUUAUGGUAAAUUAUACGUUUAUAUCUGGCGAAAGACUCAGUUCUCACGUACAGCCUCUCUGUGCCGUCAUACAAACGAUGCACAGGCCAACCUUGCUGGGGAAGAUCCUGAUUUAGAUAUUAUCAAAAAGUUCAUCACCAAACUGUGCGGACGAUUCGCGUGCUUCCUACUCCAGCUACUUUCUACAGAAUGCAUUUGCUGUUCGACUGCCCCCCCCCCCCGCUUAGUCUCGUAAUCGGGAGUUGACCUGUGCAUCUGUUAUGACCCUGCCCGGUACUUGAAAGCACGUGGGAGCGUAUGCGUACCGACCCUUGUCCCAAAUACCAACGCGGCAGAGAAGGAGAACGCGACCGGCCACGAAAAUGUGUAUUAGGAAAUUGCAAGUUAAAAUUAACUAGAUGUAACGCAUAUUUAUAACGCCCUUCUGUGGUUCGCCGGCAUUCGGCCCAAUGCCCUUCGGGAAGAACAUUCCAGACGAGCCGGUCGGUAAUUCGAAUAUGCAGAUCGAUCAGACCCGAGGGGAAGAGCCAAUGGAGAGGCGCCGCGAUUAAGAUGACAGCGCAGCAGAGAAAACGCACGUGGUCUCCAGUGAUUGGCUGGUUCUUGUUUUUGCGAGUGUAGCCACUCUCAACAGGAUCGUGACACUUCGAUCACCGCAAGCGACGACUCCUAGCAACUGUCCCACAGAGGGGGAACGGUUUCAGUGGCCUGUACGUGAAUCAGUUUAUGGUGGGACAGACUUGCACAGCAUCUGCCGCACUUUCUCUUCCCACAUCCACCUUGGCCCGAUGUUCAGACAGUGUCAAGGCAAUCGGAAGUGGCCUUGGGGUCAUAGAGCUUAGGUUUGGCGGAUCCGUGAUGGUGCUUGUUGGAUCUCCACUUAUGGGAUUUUGUUGGAAUCGUGCCUUUGUGCGCGGGAUGCUUGGACGUAGUCAAGAAGGAAAGCCCCGAGUUCGUGAUCUUGUGAAGUUUGUAUGAGCGUCGUACAUCCGCACAAACGAAUCAUCCCCAUAUUAAACUGAUGUGCGCCGUAGUAAUCAAACCUAUAACAAUGCCUAAUUAACGCGCACGCUCUGCGUGACUGCCAUCCGCUGUUAUUCUGUGUCAUCGGGCUCUAACCUUUCGCACGUAAUCAGAAAAAUAAAAACAUACUACCUACUUUGUUAAAGUAGCGAGAUUCGUGUAAAUGUGGAUAAUCAACCGUCGCUGGAGUGGGUGGCUAUAAGCCAAUUCUGCCCACAGGCGCACGGCUGUCCAAAACAAAAACGACUGGCGUAAUCUCGUCAGCCGCUCCAAAUGAACUUACCCCCUGCGAGUCUCAUUCUUCAGGCAUCCAUAUGCACCUGGCCAUAACUUACUCUGGAACUAAGGUGCGCCCACGAUCUCAGCUGCUACGACAGUCUCUAUUCCACCCCCACGUACCCUACGCUCUCUAGCCUUACUGAUCCGGUAGACUGCGCUUAGUAUUUCGUCUCCAUCAUGUCCGGUUCUUUCUUUCUAUUGUUUCUCUAUCUACAGCAAUAUAUCGCUACUUCCGUUUCCCUAUCAAUCUCUCGGUAAUGAUAUGCCUUCUGUGUUUAGCCAGAUGCAAUUAUCUACCCAAAUAUUUUUUAGCUAUAUGUGCAACUGCGCCAACUUUUGCUUAGUUGACUUCCAUGAAACGAUGAGUUAGUAAAUCGAGGCGCAAGUACAAACGCGCAUAUACCUCUGCACAGGUGCGUUAUUCGUCAAAACUUCUGGCCUAUUUGCAAUGACAAGCGAGGCUACUGAGUUUGGGGUUGGCCUUUAAAUAUUCCUGGACAUCAUGCCGUUCUGACUGUCCCUGAGUAGUUGCCAGAAAAGCUGCUCUCCUUGUAGACCUCUGCUGUUUCGCCGGCUAGCAAAUUCUCUUCCAAAUGAGGGUCUGCGACAAACACACUCUCGAAGAAACCAAAAGUCGUCCUGUGCUGCAAAUGUUUUGUGCUGUGGUAUUUUAUGUACAGUCCCAAAAAAUCUGGACGAAUCUUCUGAUGCAAUUCGUGUGUUUAACGGAAACACUGUUGUCCUGAUGGUUUGCAAAACGUCUCCGUACUCCUAACCUAUUUCUAGGUGCUCUAGUGUCAAUGAGAAUAUUUCGGUGAGUGACCUCGCUGGUGGUAGGGGUCGCUCACCGAUCGUUCUUAAGGAAUUCAAUCGUUCCGUAAGAACGAUCCGUGAGCGGCUCCUACCACUUUAUAUUCCCGAUCGAAAACCGACAGGGCAACGGGUUUGUGGUUCAGUGGUUAGAGGCGUGGACUUCUAACAAACAGGUCGCAAGUUCGAGCCUCGAGUGUGCCACACUUCAGGGUUGGGUAUGACUGGCUGACGACGGCUAAUAAGCCAGAAAUGGCCAUUCCAGUCUCCCUUGCCUUUGUCGGUAAUAUUAUUCUGACCGCGGUGGUGCUAAACGAGCUCUCAAAGGACUAAUUUGAUGGCCGUUUUGUCUGCAAAGUAUGCAUCCAAUAAAGGUAAACUGUGGGAAAGCAUAUUUUCAACCUCACGUCGCACUUUGCUGACAUUCGAAGAAUAUUCGUCUGGGCCCGAGAACCAGCGGUGUGACCAUGAGACGUAAUGGACUCUGGGCUGUGCCGAUCUGCUCGUGUAUUAAGUCGUCUUUCCGUCUUACAGAUUAAUGAACCACAAAAAAUCAAAAAAAGUGGCCGAAGUCCUCAAAUGUGACUGUAGGUUGAAAGUGCCUGUGAGAUGAAGGGACAGUGCAGAUAGUCGCAGGGCUUCAUAUCAGCUGAUUAUACAGUGCGUGACCGAUCUCAUGAAAUUUUGGCCUAAAUUCUGGAAUGCGUUUUCGAUUAGUAAGAAUUACCUAUUUGGGGUUGUAAUAGUAAUUAUCAUACGACAUAAUCCCAUCGUAUUUCAGACUCGCCAAGGUGUCAUUUCUUUAAUGCAUUCUUUUUUUGACAUGCAGAAACCUCACUCGGUAAAAAUGGCCACUUGAGUAGCAUGCAUUAUUUGUAAUGAUUUUCAGUAGUCUUGCAAAUUCGAAUGCAUUUUAUAGAAAACAUGCAAAAAAAUAUGGUUUUUACUUGGUUGGUAUAAAAUCACAUUGUCUUUCUAUCUCAUACCCGAAAAAGUGUAUACUUUGGUUUUAUAAAGUUUCCAAAUUCCCAAAUAUUUUUCAGCCUGAUCGGCCAUUAAAUCAGCGUUUAGCAAUUUGGGUCUACAAGGUGUAUGCCUUCCGCGUAAUGAAAAUCUUACACUCCUCUAUGGCUAUAACAAGAUGCUAUAUAGGGUUCAUAAAAUUCCGCAACGGAUUCGGGCUACUUGUACAUCCCAUGAGGAGAAUUGGUAAACGUACAUGUGCGAUGCUGUAUAUGCGGACACCACACGGUUUUAAAAACCUCAUAAUUAAAAACCCUUUAAAACCCAAAUAUGCACUUUCUUUGGGUAUAAAUACGAAGACAAUGUGAUUCUCUACCAAACGAAUAAAAGAAAGCCCAUUUUUGUGCAUGUUUUCUACAAAAUGCAUUUGAAUUUAUAAGACCAUCGAAAAUACCUAUGAAAAAUGCAUGCCACUUAAGUAGUCAUUUUUUACGAAGUGUGGUUUCUGCAGGAGGUCAAAAGGAGUUCAUUCAAAAGCCGACAUCCUGACGAGUUCGAAAUACUAUAGGAUUUUGCUGCAUGAUAAUCAGUAUUGCAACUUCACCUAAGUAAUCCUUCCUAAUCAAAAACGUAUUUCAGAGUUUCAGCCAACAGUUCGAUCACGCAGUGUAUGUUGGCCUUCGCUUUUCGAUUUUACGAACAAGGAAAUUACUCCCCAAGAAAUCCAUGUUUUUCGAUCGAUUUUCGGCAAUUUACCAGUCGUAUCUGUCUUCUAGAGAAUCGCGCCUCCCUGAAAUCUACUUGUAAAAUUCUGAAAAUAUUAUAUCCUCAAAAGCGGUUUUAUUCUAGGAUUCUUGAGGCACCUGAUUCAAUGAAUAUAUAGCGCGAUAACGCAAACAUGGGAACUAAGUACACGGAUUGUUUUCCAGAAGUUUAUAACUUUGCUCCUGGAAACGUUCGAGGAAUGCAUCAUGUUUAGUCAUCAGAAGAAACGAAGGCAGGGAAUGAGGAGUAAGUUGUAGGUGAGGGAUUACGAGAAUAACCCCAAUGUUUUCAUGUCCCGGCCGCUAGAGCUGAUCGAGGGGGCAUGAUCAUAGUUCAGAAAUAUUGCCGUCGCUAACGCUGCUGUCGUGCUAAACCUCUCCUUGAGAUUUUUAAUGAACCGCCAUGAUAGCCUCCUUUUAGAAAAAAAAACAUUUAUCCUCUCAGAAAGUCAUUUUUCCCCACUUCAAUUUAAGGCGACUCUCCCUCAACCUGGAACCAUCUACGGUGUCCAUAAAAAAUAUGCAGAACAGUCAGUAUUAAAUCUGCUUUUGAAGUUCCCAGAGUGGAUGUAGUCAGAAAAUGCAUUGACCGUCUACAUUGCAGGUCCAAGUGAAAAAAUACGAAGGCCUACUGAUGAAUGUGUGUUUUGCAGUCUCUGACUGUGCCUUGGAGAUAUUCGUGCGCUCUCAGGACGGAAAUGCCUUAGACGCCAGAGCACCUUCGACUCGCUGUUCCUCUGCUCUUUCCAGUAUUGGUAAGAUCAUCUUCCCCGCUCUGCCAAAUCCCCUGUCCUCAAGUACAAAGUGUAGUUACACUUCCUUCCUUUUCUACCUACCUCUACGUCCUCCAGAUUCCGGUCGUGUAUCUGAGAAUGCAACCAAGUGCGCUGCCGGGCUUCUAAACCUCUCACAGGAGGCGGUGUCAGAUCUCAUCGCGCUGAGGCCAAGGCUGUCUGCUCUCGCCCCCAGUGGGCAUCCCUGCCUCACCGACCGAUGUACCGCGCAGGCAAUUGUUGCUGCGCUUAAGUGGCCAAAGGCCUGUCAGGUCCGCCUGGAAAAAGUAAGCGUUUUGACCACUUAAGCUGGACGUUUCUUGUAUGUUGCAACAAGCUGAAUUUCGUAAGCAGGCUGGUCCGGGGAAAAAUGUAGGCAACUGACCUGCUUGUUUUGUCCCUGACGUCUCUUUUUCGUCGGAUGAGAAGCGGAACCUGUUUUAGGUUGGAAAAUUGCAAGGGAGGGGGAACUUUUGUGGAUUAGACGACUUCCGGAAUAGAAUAAUUAUGAACAACAGAAACAAUCAUAACUGACUAAACGCGUCAGACGUUUGGCUGUAAUGACUUAAGUUGUCACCCAAACCAAUCGCAAUGAUCUCAAACGGAGACAAGGACCGAUGCUGCCUAUGAGAGGAAGUCUUAUCGAAACGUGUGAUUAAUGAGCAGCAAAGUGAGGAGAUAGGCGGUUUCGGGAUACUCAGUAGAUAAUCACUACUUAAGUAGCACGGAAUUUUACCUAUUGAUUUUCGAUGCCUUUGUAAAUUCGGUUAUAUUUUAUGGAAAACGUGCGCAAAAACAUUCGUUGUUGCACGUAUGUGUUAAAAAAUAACAUCCUCAUAUAUUUAACUUGGAGCGAGAGUAUUUAUCAAUUUUCAAAAGCUAUUCGUUUCCUUAAUAAUUUUUUUCUCACCUAUCUGUAAGCUUGCAUUCAGGGUUUACAAACUACAUCUUAUAUACAUUGCGUCGAAAAGCUAUAACACAUUUCUCCACGCUGUUCGGAAGAUGUCAUAUAGGACUCAUAAAGUUGUGCAUAAAGUUUUGCAUGUUUUUCAAAAAUAUAGUGGAAUUUAUAAGAAAAUCCAAAUUUAAUGCAAAAAAAUCAUACUACUCGGGUGGUCAUUUUUAACAAGUGCUGUCUUAAGAAGCGGCCGGGAAAAGGCUAGUUCAGAGGCCUGCAUUCUGUUUGACCCGAAAUGUCUUAGAUUUAUCCCGCGCAUUUAUUAAUAUCACAACCCUAUUUAACCAAUCUUUUCGAAUAGGAAACAUAUUUGAGAAUGUUGGUUAACCUUUUUAUUAAAGAGCACAUUUGAUGUAUUUAUGUCAAAUAUUUCGUCAAAAUUAGUAAAGCAGCGAGUAUUAAAUGUUUCGCAGGAAUUCAUCCUGGGCGAUAUGGGCGCUUGCUGUUAUCACAACGCAUAUUACGUGAACGCGUUUACGGUUUCGCACAAAUGGAAGGGUUUUAAAGCUCAAAUCAGUAAAAAUCGGGAGAUGGCACCCAAAAAAAUCCGUUACCCAGAAACAAUACCUUUAACAGUGAACUCAAACGCCUUCAGGCUAUCUCAGCGGUUGCAGGCCUACUUUCACACAUUACGUGGACAUUCUGCGACGGCCUAGCAUGAGCUGGCCGAACGAACAUCGCAGGAGGUUACAUGGACGAUGGUCGCCGUUACCCAACCUUCCCCAUCGUUAUACACGUACACCUGAAUAUACGCCAUACAUUCACAUUAUUGUAGUUUAUUACAAAACAAAAACACUUUUAAAUAGGAUACGUCUGCACAGCAUGGGAACGGAAAAAUUCCCAGGUAUCUGUCAAAGACAUAGUAUUGAGGUCAAACCAAAGACGAUACUGUACUUCGUCUGUGUGAGCCCACACAGCUUGACCACAUACAGGGCCUCCCUUGUGGAGUUUCCUUUUCAGUCUACUCCAGUAUGCCUCAAUGGCAUUGGCGUGCCGUCCGGUGUUAGGGUCCUUGAAGUUCUUUGAAUGGUUAACAGAGAAAUGUAGAUAACCUUCUGAGGGAAGACGAUUAUACAUCUUGUCCUCGUCCGUUACUACUAUACUGCCUUUGGCGACCCAUUUUGUAAUAACGGAACGGAGAGCGGAAAAUAAUUACACAGUUCUAGACUGUUGGCUACUUGUUGGCGGGUUGUGAAUAUUCCGCAGUUAUUCCGCAGUAGCUGAUGCAUUUCGGUUCAAAUAUCCAUAUGAACUUUCCGAAAAGGUCUGUUCCAAAGAAUUUUCUCCAAGUUAGCCCAUUUUUUCCCUCGGAAAUUAAUCAAGGCAAGGUAAAACUGGAGUACAUAUACCAGAAAAAAAUACGGGGAAGGUUGGCGGACCCGUUGGUGAGCCUCGCGUCUGCGUCAGGCAGCGGCACAAGAUCGGCGAACACGCUUGUCUGGGCUCGCGUGUUUACUGGUAUAUGAACUCCAGUUUCAUCCUGCCUUGUAUAGUAAAGAAUCACAUAGUUGUAUACUACCGGUUGCCUGUUAGCAGUUUGUGAAUAUUUGGCGAUUAUUUCGAAGUGGCUGAUGGAUAGUAGCUUAGAUAUUUCUAUCAAACUUCGGACCGUGCUAGAAAAGGUAUGUUCUGAACAAUUUACUCUAAGUCCGCGCAUUAAGUUCCUCAGAAAUUAAACAUUGCAAGGCAAAACUGGAGUUCCCAUGCCAGCAAACACACGGGGAAGGCUGGAGAACCCAUUGAUGAGCCGAACGCCUCGCGGCUGCAUCAGGCAGCGGCGCAAGAUCGGCGAACACGCGUGUCUGAACUUUUAACUGGUACCUGUGUUGUCGGUAUGGUAAAUAAUGGCACAAAUCAAGCACGGCGAUUUGACGCUCCAAAUAUGCCGGCAUUAGUAGUUCCUUUACUGUCGCACGUAACGGCCAUUCCUGCGGUCUUUCCUGCUACUUCGUUACUCGUCUCCAUUCUUCUAGUCAUAUUUAGUUUCAUAAUGAUAUUUUCCACCCAAAUCGCAAAACAUGCCGUCACAGUCAUAUCGAGGAAGGGAAUAAUCCUAUAUUGCAUGAUUUCCAAAUAAGCUGUAUUUCCAAUGUAGAAACGCCUUAGAUAGUAGCCAAGUGAGAAACGUUUUCGCUGAGAUUCAUAAUGGUUUAUUUCCUACACGCCGGAUAAGUGUUAGACAACUGGUGACGUUAUUCGGAGUCGGGGUUGUUUCUCUUCGUCAAAUCAGCUAUUGGAGAAAUAUGCUGAAUGAAACUGCUGUUCAGAAUAUAAAAAUGAUUAUCAAUUAGAAUUGUCGGACGUGAGUAGCAAUAGUAUGGGUGUUUGCCCCUGGCCCCAAACCUUCAGGAGAAGUCGACUUAAAUGUAUUAGGACUAAUUGCGAUGGAACGGUUGGUCCAAAGGGCAAGGGACCGUGAAGAAGAGUCAACAGAACAAAGAGUGUGAAUGUGGCAAGCACCUACUCCCUAUUUAGAAACUUCCAAAUGUGACAGUGGGCAGUGCUCUGGUGAUUGGAACCUUCGUCAUUCGUGUGCUCUCUUCAGCCCUCACAGUUUCAGAGGCUCUGAAGGCCCCGAGAGCCCUGUUUUGUUAACAUGCAGAACUGUGGCUUGCCUGAUCGUCAGCGACUCUCGUCCCUCGACCACCCCUGUCUCUUGUGCGGGAUGCUCUGGCGUUAAAACAUCCGACAGAACCUUUUUCUUCGAAUUUUGCUUGAUGCUGUCUGGUGCCUUGUAUCGCGCGAGCCAAGCCGUUCCAUCUUUUUUGCUGGUAACCCCCUCAUUUUUAUGAAUUUUUCAGUCACUAGUCUGUGAUUAUUGACUGAGUCCCGUUUUGUUGAAUGUGAGCAAACGGCGCUCAAAAUUCAUCUGCUGUACCAUUAAAAUAUCAUUUUUUAAUAUUUGAUGUCUACAGUUUUUUGACAUGGUCAGCCAAUAUGUGACAGAGGAUUCAUUUUCUCACGAAAGCAAUGUUACAGUGCACAUAAUUAAGUUUUAUGGCAUUGGUUAAUAAAAAAAAUUCGUUUGCCAUUUUUCCUUUUUUUAACUCCACACUAGCACUCGUCGGGGGUAUUUGCUUCACAUCCCAAGGGCGAAAAAUGGGAAUCGAAUUUCCGUUUCUCACCUGGCCUAAAUCUAAUGGCGACCGAUUUUUUUUGAAUUCUCAACCUCUCGCCAUUCCUUAUCUAUUAGUUUUUCGUUUUUUUUAACUGAAAAGCUAAGAGUCCCCGUCCAACGGGUGGAUGAAAUCUCCUUUUUCCCCAGUUUGCGUAUUUCACGACCUGAUCAAUUGCCCUAAACUGGUGACUUUGUUUUUAACUUUCCCGCCUGAUCUUAUGGAUUGUCUUCGCAGCUUCCGGUGUCACUGUGAGCGUCUUAGCGAAAUUAUUUAAAGCCACUAAUUCAUAUCUGUGACGUAAAUCGUGUCCACUCAAACUGUAAUGUUCACAAAAUAAGCCCAUUCGGAAUAACUUAUUCUUUUCCUAUCGUGUAGAAAAUGCAUUGACGUACUACUGUGUAUUUCAUUCGUUUACUGCGCACGACUAUUCUCCAUGCUGCCUUUAAAUAGAAAGUUCCGGUUUUUAAAGCAGAGCUUUGGGACCUGACAUCUAAGCUGCUCAUACAACUUGCUGUUCUGUUUUUAACUUGAUAGCUUUCAUAUACGACUGCAAGUCAUUCUUCAUGGUGUAUACGUCUUUUACUGACAUAUCGGGGUUUUUAGGCUACUUAUUUUUUCAUGAAAUUAGUAAAGCAAGCUGCAUUUUUAGGAUUUGUAAUUAUUAAAUGUUUUGAGGACUUAAUGUUUUCAAACGGGAAGUUGGAUAUCAUUUUCUGAUGAUGUGGAUUGCGAAAAUACGAAUUUGCCGACAUCCUGUAAUGCCUCCAUUAUGCGACGCACUCGAACCGCAUUUAAGGACUGCACGACAGUUUAUGUAAUUAAGCAGUACUUGCGGCUAAUUUAUCUCACUCGGCCUAGAGAAUAGUCCGAGCGUAAGGUAAUCCCUGGCAUCUCGGUUUUUAGAUGUGUGCUUAAGUGUACUUGUAACUCUUGUCUGUAGGCGUUCUAACAUUUCCAUCAAAAAAUGUAGUAGGUAGACUAAUUCAUGAAAUGUCAACCAAAAUUCAGAAAUGUAUUUUCGUUUCAGAAAGAUUAAUUAAGUGGAGUUGUAAAAGCAAUCAUCUUGCAGCAUAAUUCUAUAAUAAAUCAGUCACCUCAGAAUUUCGGCUUUCAAAUGGACCUCUUUUCUUCUGCAUACAGAAACUAUAUUCUGCAAAAAAUGACUACUAAAUUAACAUGCAUUUUUGCAGUGAUUUUUGAUUCUCUCAAAAAUGCAAUUAUCUUUCAUAGAAAACAUGUAUACAAAUAUUCAUUCCUGUGCUCAUUGAGUAGAAAUUACGUCUUCUUCCAAUUUUAUACUCAACAUGGGGGCAUAAUUCAGUUUUAAAAAGUCUCUAAUUAUGUGAUUUUUUGAUACCGUGCAUUGCCCGUUCAUAAAACAUCAGGCAAAAGAAUGAAUAUUUUCAUACAUGUUUUUUAUGAAACAAUUGAACCUAACCAAUGUGGCUUGUAAAGUUGGCAAUAUAGCUCAAAUCCACUGUUACAUUUUAUGAGUACCAUAUAGUCUCCUCUUAAUACCGUAGAGAAACGUAUAAUUUUCCGUACACGGAAAAUACGCAGUCUGUAGUUUGGAAACCCUGAAUGCAGGUGUAACGGCAAGUCGGGUUCAAAAUUACUCGGGAAUAAGAAAAGUUUUUUUAAAACUGAUUUUUACCCUUCCUUGGAGUUUUAAAUUGAAAGAGGAUGUAAUUUUUCGCCAAGUGAGUAAAAGGGUGAAUAUUUUUAUGCAUGUUCUCUAUGAAAUAUAAUUGAACUCAUGGGGCAUCGGAAAUCAAAGAGAAAAUUUGAUGGUACAUAAAUAGACAUUUUUUACAGAGUUUGAAUUUUGAAUUCAGCCGGAAAGAAGUUCAUUCGAAAGCCGGCAUCCUGAGGUAACUGAAAUGUUCUAGACUUAUGUUGCACGCUGUCUGGUUCACAACCCUACUUAAUUAAUCUUUUCGAAGCGAAAACGCAUUUAGGAAUUUUGGUUGACAUUUCAUGAGUUAAUCCACCUAUUGUGUCUAGGGUUUCGUAUAUUUUCCGAGUAACGUAUAAAGGAGCAGUCAUGUCCUUUUGGGCGGCGUACAUGGUAGUUUAUUUUUGAACCUUAAAUAUUAGGAGACCGUAACGCAAGUUUGAACAAUCUAAUAUGUACACAAAUUUUCGGAGAGAGGCCAUUUUACAUGGUAACAUAUGAUUAUUAAAAAAUGGCGUUUUCAACUGUGUUCCAGGAAGUGCUUUCUUUCCGUCAAAAAUAAACCCGGGAGUUAUAAUACCGAAUUAUCGAUUGACUCAUGGGCGUGUCCACAUCACAUGCUUGAGUGGGUUCUCCGUUUAAAUUCUCCGUUUCCCGGUGUGCUGAAAUAUAUUUUGAUGACAUCCUAUGAAUAUGAGCUUGGUAACUCUGGUAAAGUAAUAAUUUGUGCUUGAAAUCACACCCCAGAAACUUCGGUGGGCCCUCGUUCGUUACGUUACGUACUAGAAAUACGCACUGCGUAUUAGUCAGUUUCGUGAGAACGCAAACUUUGCGAAACUUCAUUGCAAUCGGUUACUUUUUUCUACCCACUGAGGCUGCUGUGACUUCACACGCUUACCUGUUCACCAUUGUCUGCGUUGUUUAAUUCGAUAUACUGUGUAUGAUGUCAGGAUGUUGGUAACACGGUGAGAAGGAUUUUGCAUGAAUCCAAGGGAACGAUUUCUAUGCGCUGUUCAACCCGCGCUGUCAGGCCGGAUUUCGUUUGUCUUCGACGCAUAAGCUUGGUGUUUGAAUUACCGCAUUUGCCAGCUUAAUGCUUGUGAGCAUUGACGUUUGAGCUUAUGACAUGCCGUUGUUUCUGGGGAAGUGACUCUAUGAGUUUUUUUCUUUUUUAGAAUGAAUUAUGCAGCCAGUACUUGGACGAAUUUCGUUCAAUUCUAGCCGCCCUACUGAAACUCGAUCACUAG